AUGGUCCUUGUAAACCAGAAUAACACAGUAGAAAGUGUGCCUCUAUGCCUAAAUUGCACACAUCAUGUGGCCACAAUUAAUAUUUCCAAAGCAGUUGUGGUCGGGGUUAUCUUUGGAGGUUUCAUAAUAUUUGGAGUUCUGGGGAAUAUUUUGGUAAUUCUGUCUGUAGCCUGCCAUCGACAUCUGCAGACUGUCACACAUUAUUUUAUUGCCAACCUGGCCGUGGCUGACUUACUCUUAAUGUCCAUGGUGCUUCCCUUUUCAGCUACCUUUGAGAUACAAGGAUAUUGGCUCUUUGGUCGCAUCUUCUGCAACAUCUGGGCAGCUGUGGAUGUUCUUUGUUGCACAGCUUCCAUAAUGAGCCUUUGUGCCAUAUCUAUUGAUCGGUACAUAGGGGUUAGUUACCCUCUAAGGUACCCAAGCAUUAUGACUGAAAGGAGAGGAAUUCUUUCUCUGCUUUGCAUUUGGGUUUUAUCCCUAGUCAUCUCAGUUGGACCUCUGUUUGGCUGGAAGGAACCAGCACCAGAAGAUGAAACAAUCUGUGAGAUAACAGAAGAGCCAGGGUAUGUGAUCUUCUCAGCUUUUGGAUCCUUUUAUUUGCCUCUGACUAUCACCCUGGUGAUGUACUUUCGAGUCUAUAUUGUGGCCAAACGAGAGGGCAAAGUCUUAACCCGUGGGAUGAAGUUUGAUAAGUCAGACUCUGAGGAAGUGACUUUGCGCAUCCAUAGAAAAAGCACCCCAGAAAGCAUCAAUUGUACACCUAGCUCAAAGCACAAGACUCAUUUCUCGGUGAGGCUUCUCAAGUUUUCCAGGGAAAAGAAAGCAGCGAAGACAUUGGGAAUAGUAGUAGGAUGUUUUGUGUUGUGCUGGCUCCCAUUCUUUCUAGCUAUGCCAAUAGGUGAGUAAAACCUAUUCUCAUUACAUGUUUUGAAUUAAAGGUUUUAGCAAAAUGGUUUAAGUACUUUACCAUUAUUUAUUACACUGAGAUCGCAGUUUGUAGGCUCUUUGAAAAGAUAAAGAGAUAAACACAAAUGUUUAUUUGGUAAAAUGUUUUUUUUUAGGUAAGCUGUGCCUUGUUUACAAAACUCAAAAUGUUAUUAAUACAUUAACCCCUAAGGACCAAGAACAGUUGAUGCUUUCCUCAAAAUCUGGCUCCUGGGCAUGGAAUACCAUGAGCAGUUCUGAACAUCUAUGAUUUUGCUGAAUAAGUGGAACACUGCAUUUUGAUAGUGGGUCUUUAAAAUCACAAUAGAUUGUUGUGGUGGAAUUCUUCUAGAUUUGAUCCACAAAGGGCUAAAUAAGUAUUGUAUAUUAGAAACAAAUAUUUUGCAGUGCAUUUACUUGUUUUAGGGAGGAGAGUUGUUCAGCGUUCAAUAGUUUUACAUUGUUUUUGCAUUGUACUCCUUAAUAAAAGGGAUACUUUAGAGCUAGGAUUACAAAUCUGUAUUCCAAGAACUAUACUUCCCUUAGCUUACCACCCACCCACCCCCCCACACACACUUCCUCCCACGAUCUCACUCUGCACUGGUACUCGACCUCCUCCAACAUGUGGUGCUAUUGCACAUGCGUCGCAAGCAUAUUAGGCCGACCCCACAGGAAAGCAUUGCUGCAAUGCGUUUCUAUGGGGUUUUGCAAAGCGUGAAGAUGUCCAGCAUCAGAUGCCAAAAGUCACCUAGAAAGCAGGAAGUGCCUUUAGUGACUGUCUGAUUCACAGCCACUAGAGGCAGUCUUAACCUUGCCGUGUAAUUAUUGCAGUUUAUCAGAAACUGCAAUAAUUAACAUUGCAGGUUUAAGGGGAGAGGGUCCCUACACCCAGAUCCCUUCAAUGAGCUGAAGUGGUCUGGCUGCCUAUAGUGUCCCUUUAAGAUGGUUUUCCUUCUAACAAGGAUUUAGGAUCCUGGUAAAACAUGAAAACAAUAUCAUAAAACAACUUAGUAUUUUUUUUAUUUGUAAAAAAAUAUUUUUUUCAGUGGAGUAAUGUAACAUGUAUGUCCCUUUUCUUGUGUACAUUUACUAGGGGAAAAACUCUAAACACAAAGCAAACUGUGCAAUAAAACAAUAAGCAUUUUAAACUGUGUCCCAUUAUAAAUGUUACUGAAUGUAAGUUUACCAGAGAGAGUCUUAUGUAGAUAUGUAGAGCUGAAUUGAAUUAAUAGGUAACAUUUCAGAAAAAAAUGUUACAGACUAAGCAAUACGGGGAAAGCAAAUGUCUGCUUUUUUCAUGAAUGUGUAUAUACGGUAUUACUUUCAUUUUCAUUGUGAAAUGAAAUUUAGUCCAUAAAGCUUCACUUACUUUCGUUUAUACUCUAGGAAUGAUUAGCAACUCGUGGAUGCUACAUUGGAAUGAAUUUAUUUGCCACGAACCCAGUGCACCUAUUUAUUUUUUGAAAUGAAUAGGGGGAGGCUGAGAUUUAUUGCACAUUAGAAGUCAUUAAAGGAAGCUUCAAAUAUCAUACCAUUCCUACAAUCAUAACUAGCUAUUGUUUUCAAAAUAUAUGUUUUCACUGCAUUUAGUGUAUGUUGGCAUUAUGCCAUUCUUUACACUGUGUUACUUCACCAUUUUAUUAAGCUACUUUUAUUUAUCUCGUAUAUUUAUUUUUGCCUUUUUACUAAUAUUUCAGACCCUGUGUGAAAAAUUGCAAGAUAAAGGAUAAUGAAUAUGAUUUAAACGUUUUCAUUCCCUCAAUAUUUCUAUAAAAGAUGAGCAAAUAUAUGAAAAAUAAAGAUUAUGUAAAUUAAUAUAAUGUUAAUGUUCUAUAUACAAAGUAGCUAUUUUAUCAUACAUAUGUUGUAGCUGUGUUUCAAAUAAAUGUUAUGCUAAUAUUUUUGCAAAGGUAAGUGCUUGGUAGUGAAGGAGUUAACAUCCCAUUUCUCCAUGUAAUAUUUUGCAGCCUCCCAUCUAGUUUUGGCAGGUGAUGUCACAGAAAGAACCCACCCAGACCACUUUCCAAACCCUGCAUUAACCAAUGAUCUUUUUGUUAUUAAUAUCUAUUAAAGGUCUCUCUGGCCAGGAAACACCUAGGACAUGGCAAGAAUUUAACGUGUACAAGUUUUUCACCGAUGAAUUAAUUAAAUGAUAUAUCUAAUUUUUUUGUGUCCCACACAAACCUUGUCUGUCACACAGCAUAUGUUGUCUUUUAGGGAGAAAGUAUUGUCAAGAGAAGAUGAAAAAGAAAAUUGUUCAUUUUGAAUUCCAUUUAUUUUAUCACAAUUUUUCUGCAGAUAUUUAAAGGAACACUGCAAUAGUAUAAAUAUAUAAUUUGUUUACAAUACUGGAGUGUUAUAAACUGUAUUUAGAUUAUAGGGUCCCUUUUUUCCUGUAAAAUAAAAGGUUACAUAUCUCAAGUCCAAUGGUGAGAGGGUCUUCUCAACACGCCCUUCUCCACCCCCUGAUACUUUUUUUGUUUUUGGCACACGAACUUAUAACAAAGAAAUUCUCAUGUGUAUUUUGUAAAGUUGGUGUGCAGCUAUUCCUGUACAAAGUUUUAUUUUGUGUUCAGUUACAUCUGCUGAGUAAAAUGACACCCCCAUUGUAUGUCUUUGUCACUAUUUCGUGAAGUUACAGUGCCAUAUAGGAGGCCUGUUCUUUUCAGUAUUCACAUAAGGUGCAUAUUGUGCCUUAACAUGCCCCCAUUUUUUCACCAAUAUAUGCUAAAAAAAAAAUUUGUGCGUUUUUUACAUUUUUUUUAUGGAUUGCAUUUUUGCUGGGCAUUUUGUAUAUUUCACAUGUGCCACUAAGUUCAAACCCCCAAAUUAUGCUCGGCUAAGUCUUCUGAGUAAAAAGACACCCACAGUGAAUGUCUUUGGCACUAUUUUGUGAAGCUACUUUGCCAUAGACCAAGCCAUAUCAGUUUUUACCGAACUUUGAAUUUUGACACUGGGCCUAUGUGCAAUUUCCAAGCAUCUUAGCAGGGUUUAAAUUCAAAUUACCCCAUAAAGGCUUACCAUUUCUUAAAGUAGACACCCCAGGGUAUUUCAAAAGGUAUAUUUUGAACCUUAGCGUGAGAUCAUUUUUCCGCUAGCUUGUACCAAGUGUAGUGGUAAUAAGUGUUUUAUCUGCCUUUUUGACACACAAAGUGAGUUUGCACAGUAUAUUUUGCAAACCUUAUGUGUGCUAUGACUGUAUAAUACUUCAUAUGUUGCUCAGCUAUGUCGUCUGAGUACAGCAAUACCACCGUAUGUACCUUUGCCAGGUAUAUGUGGAUGUUGAAGGGGCGCAUUUGAGACGCAGCCAUUCAGUUUUUUUCUAACUUUGAAGUUUUACGCUGUGUCCAUGUUCCAAUUUGGAGUAGUUUAGACGGUUGGUUAUUGAAACUUCCCCACAAACACAUACUAUUUAUUAAAGAAUACACCCUGGGGUAAUUCAAAAAGCAUAUUUUGAACCUUAGCAUGGGAUCAUUUUUACUCUAGUUUGUUCCAGGUGUAGUGGUAAUGAGUGUUUUUCAAUGUAAUUUUACUUUUUUACACUUUUUUACUUUUAAAAACUAGUUUUUAAACUUUUGUUUUGCUUAUUAAUGUUUUUUAAACUUUCCUAAACUUUCUUAAAACUUUUUUUUUACAGAUUUAACAUUUUUCUAAGCUUUUUUUUUUUACCGUUAACCCCUAACUAGCAGUAAGCAGCACUAACAGUAAAUUCACCAUUUCCCUAUAACUCCCACCCACCCCAGCUAGCAAAAUAUAUAAUUAUAAAAUAUUUAAAUUAAUUAAUUAAAUAAAUUGAACCCCUGAGGGUUAAAAAAUAAAUAAAAAUUAAUCCUCAGGGGUUAAAAAAAAAUUAGAUCACAGUAUAAUACUGUGAUCUGUAUUUUGAUCACUGUAGGCAGUGAUCGACUGGCAGGGAAGGGGUUAAUUUUUAUUUGGACUGGGUAAAGGGGGGUGUUUUUUUAUUUUUUACUUAAACGUUAUUAAAACUUUCUUUUAGCUUAAAUUUUUAACUUUUUAAAGUUUAUUUUAAAACUUUUUUAACCUUAACCCCUAGUUAGCCUAACACCAAAUCCCCCAAUUCCCCAUUAACUUCCACACACCCCAGCUAGCUAAAUAUAUAAUUUAAAAAUAUUUAAAUUAAUUAAUUAAAUAAAUUUAACCCCUGAGGGUUAAAAAAAAUAAUAAUUAAUCCUCAGGGGUUAAAAAAAAAAAUCAGAUGACAGUAAAAUGUAAUCCCUGCCAAUUGAUCACUGUAGUCAGUGAUCAAUUGGCAGGGAAGGGGUUAAUUUUUAAUUAAAAUGAGUAAAGGGGAGGUGGGAUUUUAAAUAAACGUUAUUUUUAUUUUUUUAACAGGGGGCAGGAUCAGCACUGUUCCAGCUCCCUGCACUUCACACAGAACCAGGAAAUGCAGGGAGGCGGAAGGUAAGUAUACUAAGCACAUGUGCUCGCUCUGACAUGCUGUCAGAGCGAGCUCAUGUGCUGGGGCAGCACUAUCGGGUGCUCCCGGUCUGCCUCUAAUACAGAGGCAGACUGGAGCACCAUUAACCCCGCGAUCGAUGCAAUAGCGGCAAUCCGGGGUUAAUUUUAACGGGUGACGGACAAGCUCCGUCACUCGUCGUUAUGGCAAUCCCCUGAGUGACACUCGUCGUUAAGGGAUUAAAGACCUUUUACCUCAUAGUAACAUUCUCUUUUCUGACAAUCUUUACUUAUAUAUAUAUUAGUCAUGUUUCUAAAAGAAUACAAAAUACAGAGCAAGGAAAACAUGUGCAAGCUGCUUAGUAAAUGAGGAUUGAGUCAACUACAAAUAAAUGAGUAACCAAAGGCAAAGGAAAACACAUAAGAUUAGCGUAGGGUAUGUUUUCUAAUAGCUGCAUAUUGUGAGUUUCCAUUUGGCAAUACUGCCACCGGACACAUGAUGCUUGGGAGGUAUGACCGUUUUACUGUUUUCUGUCAAUACAAUUCUGUAAUGAGGCCCAUCGUAAUUGUAAGCACAAGGCUAAAUGGGCUCUUAUCCCAGCCAUGUUAAGGGCCAUAGUCUGUUUCCAGAGGGCUGGAAUCAACACCCUAACUGCAUUUAGAAAUGAUUAAUCAUGGAUUUCUGAAAAUUAGAUAUAUGGAUUGGAACAUGGUUAAGUAACAAGGCAGCAAGCACAGUAACAUUCUAACCAAUUCUGGUCUGCACACACAAUAUGUGUUUAUUUAGGCAAUAUGUUAUUCAGUAUGUCACAUAAAAAUCUUUCCAACAACUCAACAUUUUUAGCAAUAAAUUACAGAGUUUAUGUUAAUAUAAAUUCUGAAAAUCCAGUGCAGUUAAUUUUCCAUCUUUAAACAAAACCGUAAAUAGUUUUGUUUGCAAGAAUAAAGCAGAUGCUUCUGAGCACCAUAGUUUUCAGAUGCGACCUAGCUAAUACACUGUGCCAGGUGUUCUUUGAGGAACAUUCUGUAACAAACCCCAACCAGAUGGAACAGACCUAUUAUUUUAAAAUGCAUUCAUUGAUUCUUCAUGCAGUUGUCUCCUUCGUAAUCCCAAGUACCCAUCUGUUGAUUCAUCCAGUGGUAAGACAUUUGUAUCUCAGCAUAAUUAGCUGUUAUGUAUGGGGAUAUAUUCUUCUUUGUACACAGUUUUGUCCAAAAUCUAUCCUUUUUGCAGCUUGCAGGAGCCAGUCAUUAAUUUACUGAGCGCUAAUAGUCCAUAUAAUCUAAAAACAGGGCAAUGAGGUGAGACUAAAAGUGGAAGAGUAUAUAAACUUAAAUCAAUGUAUUAGUGUUUCAACGAUGGCUGCUAGGGUGAAAUGAGGUAAAAAGCUCACAUGCUCAUGCAGGAGAUCCCUUGCAGCCACGAUUGAUUAGAAACUUUAGGAAAUCGCCCUUAAAAAAGUCAAUACUUGAGAAGUGAAAUGGAUUCCUAAAAGUAAUUAGAAAGUGCAUAAAAUAGAGUCAGUUUGUUGUAAAAGUAGAUCAAUAAUAGGAAUCUUAAUUAAAAUUUGCUCACAAGUCAGGCUCAAAAGUAAACUGAAACAUGUUAACUCUUUCCUUGUGUUAGGACCUGCUAUGCCAUCCUAAUGCAGUUAGGUCCCUCAAACACUCACUCUCUUCGCCGGAUCCAAUCAGAGGGACUGCAUGAUAACCGAGGCAGUUCCCCUGCAUCCAAUUCCGCCAAUCCGAGUCAUGUGAUUGACAGAUUGACUGCAGGGGACUGCUUGGGUUGUCAGGCAGAUUCCAAAACAUAUAAUUAAUAAAAUAAAAUAAUUAUGUAAAAAUAAAACUUAAAUAUACACUAAGAAUUAAAUUAUAUAUGUGUGUGUGUGUUUGUGUAUAAAAUCCAUUCUACACUAUACACAAAAUCCAGUGCACUCAUUCAUUCACUAAACAGCAACUUUCUUACGCUUUUAUAUUUUACUCAUUUAAAGCUUCAUAUAUAAAUAUUUGAUGUGAAAUGAAAUCCCUGUUUCUCCUGAAGAAAACGAUAUAUAACUGUAGGAGCACUUAAUAUGAAAACAAGUGAAUUAUGAUUGAACAGACAUUCAGAUCAAAUCUCAGGUUUUGUUUUGGUUCAGAACUUGUACAAUUGCCUCUGUCCUUAAGGGGUUAUUUGAAUCCUUUUAUUUAGCCUAUGUCUAUGUAAAGUUCAAGAAAAUGCAAAUACAGUAUAGGUAAGGUGAUUUAAGAAAAGGUUACUAGCAAUUUCCAUGGAGUAACAAUCUCCAUUAAAAAAAAAAAAAAAAAAAACAACAAGAAAAAAUCUCCAUGGAGUAACAAUCUCCAAAAAACAAAACAGCAAAAAAAAAACCCAUUAUUUUCCAUGGUGACUGCUACAUUUCUAGAACUUUGGGAAUCUUUCUAUUAGUGGUACUUUGCCCCAGUGAAUACAGGAUGAGGCCAAAGCUUAGCUCAAUGGACCUAACUGGAUUUUCCUGCAAGGAGUAUCCAGAAGCAGGGGAUGCAGGUCUGGAUGUCCUUCAAAAUCCAAGUUGUCAAACUUUUCUAAAGCAGCUUGACAAAUUACACUGAUAACUACCAGGGCACUUCUGACACCAUAAAUACAAGAGGUUGUGUCUCUUUAACUGCAAUUUUACCUCUGUAGGUGUGCAGUUAUUGUCUUUUAUGUAGUGUGUGUAUGAGAAUAUGUAUGUAUGUGUAUAUACAUGCAUACAUUAAAACCAAAGCUUUAAAAAAAAAAAAACAUGGAACAAAACAAUAUAUAGUGAAAUGUUGAAAGAAUCUUAAGUGACAGAUAUUUUAUUGAAAUCCAUUUUACUUUUGUAUUUGGCAGAUACGAAGUGACACCUUUCAAGUGGUUAAUGGAAACAGCAUAAUAAAUUGCCAUAAUUCACACAAUAUGUUUAUUGUACUACAUGCUAACUUGGGAGUAGGGUUGACUGCAAAAAUACCGGCAAUGCCAAGGUCGGUAUUUGUCUCUGACGAGACUCUGGGAGAGUGGUGAGAGAAAUGGAGCCAUAAUAUCCACCUCCAUUAUACAUAACACAAUGCUAUACACAAAUAUUAACACACAGAAUGACACAGUAUACACACAACGACAAACACACUCCACACACAUACACAUACUGACACAAACAUUCAGACACAGUACGCACACAUCGCUAUACAUACACUAGGGAAAAGCAUACACUCUGCUGUGCACACACACACAUUCAGACACAGUAUACAAAUACUUAUUCAGACAGUAUAGAUACAAUGACGCGAUACUACACACUCAGUAUACAUGCACUGACACAAAUAUACACUGGAUACAUGCUUCUACACAUAUAUAAUGUUACAUGCAAGGACAUUUGGGUUCUAUUAAAUUUGCCUUUUUGAUACCUUGGAGUGCCUGAACCUUUUUCUCUCUUCCAUCUUGGAUAUGGCUGACAGUAUGACAGUAUGACAGUAAGACAGUAAGGUCACCAGUGACAUAAGCAGAGCUGCCAGUAGUUCACUUAUAUUAGAAAAACUAUUUUAGAAAGGAGUUUAGAGUAUUCCGAACUUAAGUCAAGGUAGUGCUUUUUCUUUUUUUACAAAUCAAAGUGUAUGGGAUUUUACAUUUUAUCAGACCUAAAAAAUUGUAAUAAGAAAAGAUAAGAUCAAAUUGAAAUAAAUAAUUAAAAAUAAAACAAAAUGACAAAGAAAAAUCAAUGUGGCAUAUAUAUAUAUAUAUAUAUAUAUAUAUAUAUUGUAUCAUUAAACAUAUCACAGGGUGCGAGAAAAUGGCAUUCAAUGUUACAAUGUGUCUGGAAUUAGUAGAUUGUUGAAUCAUAUAGUAACACCAUUGUGCAUAUCAGGUUAUAUUGUUUUGUUAGAUAUAAUACUUGUAAUAGAAUGAAUCUGCUUCAUGAUGGAUUAUUAUUUUGUUAACCUACAUAAGGUGAUCACUGCAAAGCAUGAAGAACAUUUUUGACCAUUUGGGCAAUUCUCACGAAUUUUGGCAACAUUCCUGUGACAAUUAUACGACAUAAAAAUAUAGAAAAUGGAGUUAAUAUGUCUUAUCAAGUAUUGGCUAAGAGUCUGCAUGUUAGUCUAGGGAACCAGAUCCCAUUGAGUCAUUUAUAGAAGCUAUGAACAAGUUGGGAAGAUCAAAACACCUUUAUUUCCCAGACUACCACAUUGGUGAGCUGACCCUCACCUUCUCGUGGCAGAAACAGCUUCAGUGCUUCUUUGCAGUUUUUAAUUGUAUGGAUGUAACUGAGUCAUGGGAUAUAAUGUCAUAUGUCAUUACUGUCACUUUGACUCAUUACACAGCAAGUGAAGUGAGAACUGAAUAUUUCCUGGCUGCCAGAAAAGUCAGAAAUUGCUUUGUUUCUACACUAGACACCAGGGAAAGAAUGCUAUAUAUUUGAUUCACAAAAAUACAUUUACUGAGCUUUAACGUAAAACUGUUGUGCACAAAGUUCAUGGAUAAAACAGUCACACAGGUAAGUAUUCACCUACGCUUACACUGUGCCGGCAAAUGUAUAGAUUUAAAGAUAUAGUCCAUAUAAUCACCGAAAUAUUGUUUAGUAUAUGAGCUUGUCGGGGGAACCAAAAGGAUCAGGUGUUUAAAUAAACUCUUACUCACAUAUAUAGCCACCAUACAUGCAGAAAUACCCCCACUCAUACAGACUCACAGAUACAGGCACACAAUCAUACAGACCAAAACAUACAGUCAUCCAGUCAUACAGACAGUGAUGUAUUCUGGUUUUGUGCUGCCCUAGGCAUGACAAAACCCUGGCAACCCCAACUCCAAAUUUCUCCUCCUGACAGACACAAACCCUCACUGAUGCAUGCACUGACGUACACUCACUUACAGAUACACAAUCAUUGUCACACACACUGUUUCACCAACACACACUUUAACUGAAACACAUUCAAAGACAUACACACUCACAGACAUACACACUCACUCAUUCACAGUUACAAACACACACACUCACAUUCACCGACAGACACACAUAUACACUAACUGACAGACAUGCAUUCACCAACAGACACAUAUACAGUCACUGACAGAAAGGCAUACACCCUUAUUGACAGACAAGCACUCCCUCAGUGUCAGAAACACACACACUGAGACACACAUAUACUCACUGACAGAUACACACUGCCAAACAUACAUACAUACUCAUUGAUAGACAUUUAUACACUCAGUGUCAGACACACACAUUCACUGACAGACAUGCACAUUCACUGACAGAUAUACACUCUCAGUGACAGACACGCAUACAAGCACUCUACAGACACGCUGAAAGAUGCAUACAUACACUGGCAGACACGCAUACACACUCUGACAGACACACACUCUCAGUGACAAAUACACACAUAUUGACAGACACACAUACACACUCACGGACAAACACAUAUACACUCUCACUAACAAACACACAUAAACACUCACUGACAGACAUAUAUACAGUCAGUGUCAGAAAUACAUUCACUGACAGACACACAUACAACUAGCUGACAGACACAUACUCGCAGACAUACACAUUCACUGACAGUCAUGCAUACACACACUGACAGGCAUGCUGAUACAUGCAGACAUAUGCUGACAGACAAGCUGAAAUGCGCAUACAUACACUAUCAGACACGCUAAAACAUGCAUACAUACGGUGAGAGACACGCUGAAACAUGCAUAUAUACACCAACAAACACACAUACACAUACUGACACAUGCAUACACACACUGUCAGUGAGAGUGUAUAUGUGUUUGUCAGUGUGUGUAUCUGUCAAACACAUACACUCACUAAGAGACACACACACUCUCACUAACAGAAACACUAACAGACACACCAACACUCACUAACACACUCACUCACAUACUCACUAAAACAUACUCAAUUUUUUUUUUUUUUACUCACAUUACUUUUUGUGCUGGAGUGUAUUCUUCCCUGGGCGCCAGUGGGGCUGGCUCAGCAGGCACAUGUGGGCUGGCUCGGCAGGCACAGACGGGCAGACAGGCAGGUGAACGGUGGAGAUGGGCGGCAAGGGAGCUUUGAUCCUCCUGCUCAGCUCCCUUGUGCGCCCUUCAAUGAUGCCGGGGCCGGAGUAACAUCAUAUUCUGGCUCCUGCAUCAAUGCAUGCCAGCCUGAGGGGGGUCCUGAGGUGGCCAGGCGGCCAGCUCCUGGGCACUCCACAACAAGAGGCUGGCAAGCCACCCCCUUGAAAGUGCCGCCCAAGGCAAAUGCAUUGUCAGCCUUGUGCUAAAUAUAGUGCUGCAUACAGAUCAAACAUACAGUCACACACUGAUACAGACCCACACAAACAGGCACCCACUCAUACAGACUCACACAUACAGACCAAAACAUACAGUCACCCAGUCAUACAGACUCACACAUACAGUCACACACUGACACAGAACCACACAUACAGUCACAGUAGGGAAAAAGUCAGUGUGCCACGACUUACAUGUAGAGGGCAGGCUGAGCACAAAUAAACAAAGUGUGUCAGCAACAGACUAGAGCUUGCAGGCAAGGAUGACCAAGGGAGUGCAGUCCCAAAAAUGGCCCUGGUUUCUAUUCCAGUGUGGUUAUCAAAGGUGCAUGGGGUGACUGUGCAUUCAGCUGUUAUUUUCCUACAUGAUGUCUGUAGCAUCUCAGAGAUGGAGAUGGUUACAGAAUGCAGUUGAACGGGAGCUAUUCUGGGAUACCAAUGCUUCAUAUGAAGUAAGGGUGCCUAUUCAGACAGUAGACCCCAUAUUUAAAGACCCCAUAUUUGAAGACUCCAUAUUUGUAGUACAUAAUGCUAAGCCUCUGGCAAAAUAAUAAAUAAAAAUGGGAAUUACUUUCAAACUGUAUAUUUGGUAGAAAUAUGGUUAGCACAGUGUAUAUAUAUAUAUACACAAUAUAGUUGCUUGUAAAGUGGCACAAUGUUCAUAACAAACGCAUUUUAAGAUUGAUACGGUGAGUCGUUUGCUGUGAAGCACUGACAUUUUCUCAUACACACUGUACAUGUGGGGCGUGAAGAAUUUAAGUACAGUGAUAGACUGACCCCCGAUAAGGGAGUCAUUCUGAAGCAGAUGAUGUAACUCAUUCCAUAGUCCUGACAAACAUUAAAGCAAACUUUAAAAAGACUUUAUGUAGGCCUUUCUGCAUGUUUUAAGUAAAGAAAGCGAGGUCUGUGAGAGAAUCCCAACAGGAUUUUGUCACCAAGGAAAGUAACGGACCUUCUGUAAAGAGAGAAACAAAGUAAUCAGUGACUGGAAGAGACAAGAAACACAAGCGUAACUUUGCUUGCCACAACAUGGAAAGAGUUGCAAAUGAACAUUAAGAGCAAUUUAACAACAUGCAUUUCAGCCAGUGAUACUUUUCAAUGCAUUCUGGAAAAAUGUAGAAAAAAAAAAACCUUAUGCCCAACAGCUCCUCAUUCAGCAGGUCUUUUCAUCAAAAGAGAUUUACACGAGAGAAAUAAGACAUUUUGCCUGAUUUGUUAUUCUGCUUAGCUUAUUCAUCAAAAUGUCUAAAACGCUUCAGUGCUUGAUGGAUUGGUUGCAUAAAAUAACACAAGAAUUUCUUAUUUUGUGACCCCCAGUGAGAGAAGACAGAACCAGUGUGUGCUAGAUUUCUUGUGCGUAUGUUAAAACCUGAGUCAUUCCGUUAGUCUCUGAAUUUAGAUAGGCUCCCCUGUGUGUCCAUAAUGUGCUCAUAGAGUUGUGUGACCAUUACUGAGGAGAUACAUCUUUUGUAUAGUAUUCUGUAAACGUAUAUUUCAAAUAACCAGUCUCCAUUUCAAUCUGGGUAAACUGGUUUAGUAAUGUAUAUUAAUCUUAAAUAGAUAUGCUGUAUGUAUUUUAAAGGGAGACUCCAAGAUGAGGGAUAACCCUUUUAAUGCCUUAUGUAACAUAAUCUCUGCUUAGUACAAUUUAUGGGAUAUUUAGAUCAGUAUUGGACAAUAUUUCAGUUUCUUAAAGUCAAAUGAAACUGCAUUACAAUCUGUUUUAAAGAAUCUGAGGAAUUAUCAAGAAGUGUCAAUCCCCAGAUAGAAUGCAGGUAAUUGGCUCUGUCUAUGGAUGAUCAUGCUUACAUUCAAACACACUAACACUGCUCACACAUACAAUCAUGCAAGGAUGGGCAAAUGGUAGAUCUCUAGCUGGCAAAACAUUGUGGUGGUUGCAGGACAGUUGAAGAUUUACCGUUUAGCCACCCUUGUGCUAGAGUGUAGUCCAAAUAUAUUUUUAGAAGGCCCUCUAUACAUUAGUUCCUCCCCUGGUCUGCACACCAAAACUGCUUCAUUAAGGUAAAGUUGUUUUGAAGCUUGGAGUGUGCCUUUAAGGGCUAGUAUGUUAGAUACAGAAGUCUCAGUAACUCAUUCAUGUUUUUUGACUGUGGCUGAUGCAUAGGUUCUAUGAUAAAAAAGCAUGGUUACAUUACAAGUGUGUGUCUGCUUUAGUGGCCUCUAGUAAUAUGUGUAACAUUGUAGAUGCGCACAGUAGUGUUCAGUGUGAAUGACUGUAUAAUAGAGCCUCACAGUUAUGUGCUGUAUGUAGCCAACAGCAGUAAAACUCACAUUAAUGAGAAAAGCAUGGCCACAUUUUAAUUAAAAAAAAAUCACCAUAUAUAUAGGCUUAAGUAGAAACCAAUCCUGUCCUAAAAAAUCAUCUCAUAUUUUCAUAUUUUCUCUUAUAUUUUGUUUGGUUUAAAAUCCAAUUGGCUUUGCAUCCUUAAAGGCGAUUUCUGUUCCAUUCUGUGUCACUCAGAUAUGGAACAUUGAAUGGAUAUGGCUGCUCUAGUUUGCAGGCCUCAAUUUGAAACUGUCCUCUAGGAAUUGAUACAAUUGUUAAGUAUGCAAAAUACUAGUACACUACUUAUCAAGCAAGUCUACACUGAGAGAACCCUCAGGAGACAUACAGAAUAGAUCCAGUUGAGUUAUCAUUUGACCAAACCUUGUUGAUUAUCGUUUAUAUUCCCAGCGUAUUUUGAGUGAAGAAUACCAUACAGCAAUUCAUUCCUCUUUCAGUUUUCCUACCUUUACUAUGCACUCUCAAUUAUAUUCCGAGAGAUGCUAAUCUGGAAUGGGGAAAAAAUUAUUUCCUUUCAAUUUAAACACAGAGCCAAGGACAAUAAGUUAAAUGCCAAAAAAAAAAACUCACACAGAGUAACUAAUUGUGGUUCUGUCCAGUGGGGAAACACUUAAAAUAGCUGGUGAAAGCUCUCAAUCCAUUGAGGAAACUGCUUUUCUUACUGAAUGAUGUAUUAUUGCUUGGUCCUGGGACAACACAUAAGGGGUUAUGCCUUCUUGUAAACAUGAUUGCAUUUGUACGCUGUGUUCUUGGGCAAAGGUAACUAUAACAUCUCCAGUGCCAAGAGUUAUUCACAUAUGUACUACUAGCCAUGCACACUAUCAAGCCAUAUGCAAAACAUUAUCUUUGGGAUGAGUUUGGCUGAGUAAAUAGGAGAUAUUUACCAAAGUGUUCACAACAGUGACAGUUAAAUUCCGUCAUUGUUUUGAUUGUAGUUUUUAGUUUUCUAAAACUGAUCUGAACAGGGGCAGUUUUCUUCAUAGUAAAAUCUGCCAGUUUUCACAGAAACUUAGAUUUCAGAAGUUUGCAAAAUGAAGAGUGGUGGAAAACAGAGAAGAGAAACAGAACCCUUUUUUUGUCAGGAAGACUGAUAAACCCAUCGCUUCAAGAAAAAAAGGUAUACAUUCAAACAUGAUGGUUGGAAAGCAAAAAGUAACAGAUGGAAAAAAAAACUAAUGAGUGAAGUAAAAUAAAUAUCUCCGAAAACCAUAAAAGUGUCAGAAACACUUUAAUAAAUCAUCCCCAAUGGCAUGAUGUUACGCAGUGUUAUAUUGUAUUUCUUAGCCCCUCAUCUUUGUUAUGCCCAUGACUGGGUGCAAGAUGAUAUGCUGUUACCUAUUACUAUUUUGUUCCUAAGGUAUUGAAGAAUGCUUAAGAUUGCUUAAACACAAUUGAAUGUACUUUAAACCUUCAAAUAUAUAUAUCUGUGAUGGAGUUCCAAACAAGCAACUCAUUAUCUGCUAUUACAUAUUGUAUUGCGCAAGUAGCAUAGGACCUUUAAGGUCAGAUAACUGGAAGAGAGAAAGGGUUCCAUUUUCAUUUCAACGUAACAGGUUAUGGAGAAGCAUAAUUUGUUAGAGGAUGAACAGAGAGCAGGUAGAAUAAUCCAUGUGAGCUCAGGACGGGUUCAAUAAAACAUAUAGGAGAAGUCUUUUACGGAGUUUCACUUCACUUUUUGUUGAAUCAAUACCAUAUCUUGAUUGCCGCUAUUAUUUUAGCCAAGGUGAUAUGGAAGUAUAUUUAAGAAUACAAGUCUAAUCCAAACCUGCCACAAUAAGGAGUUAUAAUUAACUAUUUUUAAAUUGUUUAAAUGUAGGCACAAUCUUACACGUCAAAUAAUCAGGAAGAAGCAUUGUAAGAAGCUAAUGCCUUUCAAGAUACGAUAUGGUCUGGGUUUUUAUGGUUUUUAUGAGUUUGUUGGGUAAAUGUUUCUAGUAUCAAAUGAACAUUGGAGUGGACUCUAAGAGGUUCUUUAGAUUGUAAGCUCAUUUGGGCAGGGCUCUCCUCACCUACUGUUCCUGUAUGUCAUACGCAUUUACGUGCAAGGUACGUUAAAUUAGGCAUUCAGAGAAAGCUUUGUUUAAUAAAUAAUAAUUUUGCUAAAAGAGGUACAAAGUACACAUUUUUGCUCUAAUGAUAAUUAGGUGUAUACAGAGACUUUCUUCAGAAAGAUAAUAAGCUAAGCCCAACUCACACAUAAAUGCCGAGACAGACCUAAACACGGGGCAGAAAGGGCAUUUUGUCACUGCAUUAAGGUGUGCUUAGGUACACUCUUCCCAUGGGACCAGGGAUCUUCCAAAGAUGAUGAAGCUCAUGCACAGUGAGAUGCUAUAUGUAUCUAUUGCACAUGAUAUAAAAUGAUGUCUGUGUCCAAUCUUCAAGGUCGAUGGCUGAUGGACAGUGACAAGAUGUGCUGGGAGACGCUCCACCCAUUGCAACAUUUUACUAUAAAACAUCUGGCUAUUAACAUAAAGUAAUUAAAUGAUAUACACUGCUCAAAAAAUAAAGGGAACACAAAAAAAAAUCACAUCCUAGAUCUGAAUGAAUUAAAUAUUCUUCUGAAAUACUUUGUUUUUUACAUAGUUGAAUGUGCUGACAACAAAAUCACACAAAAAUAAAAAAAUAGAAAUCAAAUUUUUCAACCCAUGGAGGUCUGGAUUUGGAGUCACACUCAAAAUUAAAGUGGAAAAACACACUACAGGCUGAUCCAACUUUGAUGUAAUGUCCUUAAACAAGUCAAAAUGAGGCUCAGUAGUGUGUGUGGUCUCCAUGUGCCUGUAUGACCACCCUCUAAUGCCUGUGCAUGCUCCUGAUGAGGUGGCGGAUGGUCUCCUGAGGGAUGUCCUCCCAGACGUGGACUAAAGCAUCUGCCAACUCCUGGACAGUGUGUGGUGCAACGUGACGGUGGAUGGAGCGAGACAUGAUGUCCCAGAUGUGCGCAAUUGGAUUCAGGUCUGGGUAAUGGGCAGGCCAGUCCAUAGCAUCAAUACCUUUGUCUUGCAGGAACUGCUGACACACUCCAGCCACAUGAGAUCUAGCAUUGUCUUGCAUUAGGAGGAACCCAGGGCCAACCGCACAAGCAUAUGGUCUCACAAGGGGUCUGAGGAUCUCAUCUCGGUACCUAAUGGCAGUCAGGCAACCUCUGGUGAGUAUAUGGAGGGCUGUGCAGCCCCCCAAAGAAAUGCCACCCCUCACCAUUACUGACCCACUGCCAAACCGGUCAUGCUGGAGGAUGUUGCAGGCAGCAGAACGUUCUCCACGGCGUCUCCAGGCUCUGUCACGUCUGUCACAUGUGCUCAGUGCGAACCUGCUUUCAUUUGUGAAGAGCACAGGGCGCCAGUUGCGAAUUUGCCAAUCUCAGUGUUCUCUGGCAAAUGCCAAACGUCUUGCACGGUGUUGGGCUGUAAGCACAACCCCCACCUGUGGACGUCGGGCCCUCAUAUCACCCUCAUGGAGUCUGUUUCUGACCGUUUGAGCAGACACAUGGUCAUUUUUCAGAGCUCUGGCAGUGCUCCUCCUGUUCCUCCUUGCACAAAGGUGGAGGUAGCGGUCUUGCUGCUGGGUUGUUGCCCUUUAUUUUUUUGAGCAGUGUAUUAUGAUCACAAUGAAAACCCAAUCAAACAUUUGAUUGAAGACCAAAGCAAUCUUUUUAUUCCAUUCAUCUCCAUUAACAAAAUGUUUAUAAACAGUCACCCAUCCUUGUGCUCAAUUUACACAAACUUAACCCCUUAAAGACAAAGAUUUUUUUGAGCUUGAGCGUGUUUGUGACCAAGGCCUUUUUGGUGUUUCUGCCUUGCAUUCAUUCUACCACAAUGUCCCCCAUCUGUUUCAGUGCACCCAUACAUGUUAUAUAUCAUUUCUAAAGGGGAGCUUUCAUCCUAUAUGAAUACAUAGCGCAAUAUUUAAUAGGAAUAAAAUAUUUUACAAAAAUGGGGAAUAAAAAAAAAAUCAGUUUUAUAUUAAAUAAUUUCUACACACCACGUUUCCUCCUAGGAUUUCCUGAUACUUUAAUGAAUCCAUCUUGCCUUCCACACGCUGCAGGUUUCCAGUUCCAGAGGAUGCAAAGCAGUCCCAGAGCAUGUAGUGGAGAUGCAAUGCUGAGACUGAAUAUCUCCGCUGUAAUCCUCUAGAGCUGGAAUUGAAGCCUUGGUUAGUAGAUAUAACCCAUUCCCACAGUAACUGCACGACGCACAGUUCUGGGAGUCUGUAGAUUUUAUUCUGACCACACAUGUCUUUUAUGCACAAACCCCUACAUAGGGUCUCCUCUACAAAAAUACAGGGCUUCUACUCCCAAGAUCCACCGAGAGAUAAUUGCGUGAAAAAACCUAUAACUUAAUUAUCUCUCAGGUACAGAAAAAUCUACACUAUUUUAAAACACCCCAAAAAUACAUUUUAAUACUUCAGAACCCCACGGAAGUCACAUCACUGAAUAGCUUGGAUCUGAUCGCACACUUUGACGAAAUAUCACUCAGAUAUCUUCAGUGGUUUGGGAACGCCAUUCAGAUUAAGUUUUGAACGGUCGGCCACAAGUCGAUGCCCCAAAACACUUCCAGAGAAAACCAGGCAAUGACCGGUCAUCUUUUGGAGGUUCUCGCACGAACACUGACAAAAGCUCCCCCUGGCAGUUAGUGUUCGAAUGUUUCCCUUGUUCAGUAGUUUAUGUCUCCCGAACGCUGUUCGUAUAACUGUUCGGGAAGUUGGAUGGGCAGCGGUACCAGUUUACCGGGUGUUCGCGUGGUCGUGUAGCCGAAAAAAGUUCCACGCCGUCGACAUCCAUGUACCGUUGCCCGCGUUUGGGAGACAAAAUGGUUGCCAUUUGUUUGCCCACAGCAUCAUUAAACCACCACCAUGCUUAACUGUAGGUCACACAGGGAAAGCACUCAAGUACUCCUUAAUUGCGGUUAACAGCCAGGGGUGGUCGGUGUUCUAAUUCAAUAACAGGGGGGGACCACACACGCUCGGUUCCUGAACAGUGGCAUACAUGUUUGUUCAUACAAACUUAAUAUGGGUUCAGGGAAUCCCAGGGACUGAUGCCAUGUCCGCCACACAGCAUCAUUAAACCACCACCAUGCUUAACUGUAGGCAGAGUCUUCUUUUUAGCAUAUGGUUCAUUCUUUUUUCUCCAGACAUACCGCUGAUCCAUUGGGCCAAAAAGUUCCAGUUUUGUUUAAUCGCUCCACAAAACAGAAUCCCAAAAUUUAUGUGGCUUAUUUAUUUGAUUUUGAGCAUAUUGGAGCCAAUGUUUCUUGUGCUUUUGGGUCAGUAGUGGUGUAUAUCUUGGAGUUCUGGCAUGGAAACCUUCUGACUUUAGUGCAUGCCUUACUGUGCUCACUGAAACCUCAGUGCCUGUUCUCUCCCUAAGUCUUGCUGCAGGUCUUUUGCAGUAACUCGAACCUGCCUUCUCAGAAAUCUGGUUGCAGCCAGUGAUAGCUUCCUUUUACUGUCCCGUCCAGGUAGUGUAACGGCUGUUCCUGGAACUUGCAAACUAUGCUUCCGAUGGUGUCUGAAUAGGAAUUUUCAGUGCCUUCGCUAUCUUUUUUUAAACCUGUUCCUUGUUUGUGAAAGACGAUGAUCUCUUCUCUUAAAUUUGUGGACAAUUCUUCUGACUUAGCCAUAUUUCUAACAUGCAGUCAAACAUGACACUCAGCAAAACCCUAGCCAGUUCAGGUAUUUCAAGUGAUCCAGCUCAAGCACACCUGGUGCAACUAUUGAAGCCCUUGUUUAGUUGAAUCAGGUGUGCUUGAGACAAUACCUGUUUUGCAUAUUUGUGCUGUUGUUUUUUAUUCAGGGUGUUUAAUAAUUUGCGAGACUGGAUAAGUUAUUAUAAGUUGCAUAGUAAACUGAACAAGAUUUAAAGGGAUAUGAGCAUGCUCACUUUGAGUACUGCUCAUAGAUAAUCUGUCAGUCUAGUACCAUCAAGGGUGUUACUGCAAGAUGGUCUAUUCUGUUACUGGCUCCUGGCUACAUGACAGCAUAGACUGUCAUCUGGUUGUUAAGUGGUUAAGAAGCAAAUUACCUUUCCUCACAUUUGUAUUGUUUUAAAUGAAAUAAUUUAGAAAGACUGUUUUAAUAGAAAUGCCAAAUACAAAUGCCACAUAUAAAUGUCAGCAAGCAUAAUAUUACGCAUAUACACAAACAACUGAACAGACAGAAAUGCUUAGUCUUCUACCCACAUUUCUUGAUAAAAGAGCAAAUAAACAGCAGAUAAUUUGUUUCUGAAACAUAUAACAUUACAAAUUGCUAAUUUAACGCAAAAGUAAAGCGCUAGUAGUCAAAUGUUAAAGGGGACUUUUCUGAACACUUAUGGAAGUUGCAUUAACUUGUGUUUAGCAAUUUUGUUAAAUGUCGGUAACAAAGUUGCUCUUGCGGUAUUGUGAACACCACACACAAGUUUGAAACUUGCUUUGCGAGUAAAACUUAGUCGAGAUGGGCAUAUGAAUAAAAGAGGCUUUCCGUGUGUAAAAUUGUACAAAUGUUAUUAGAAAGGUAAAAAUAUCUACCCACAUCACCUUAGCAGCUAAAACGUGCAUAGCCGCCUUGUGGAAAACAACGACAGUACCUGACAUAAAAACAGUACUCGCCAAAAUAAGCCUCACCCAACAGUACGAGCAGAUGGCACAUACAAUAGGUGGCACAUUAGAACACUACAACAGGACAUGGUCCAAGUGGUGAUGCCUGGGUGAAGGACGAAUUACGCCCCACCUAGCUGACAAACUACGCCCCACCUAGCCUCCAAGCACGAGAGCAUCUCACCCCCUUUCCCCCCCCCCCGUACUACACCCUUAUCCCAGUUCACCCCCCCCCAUACACAAAAUAAGGGCUUACGUUGCCCUACCGAGCCUUAAAAUAUGAGAUGAUGAGCAGGUGAAUUAGUUCCCAGCCUACAAGACACGACACUACACAAAUAAACAAACAACACGCAAAGGUGAUACGAACCCGGUUGCUAACCAUCGGGCCCACCCCAAAGAAGAGUGGAGGAUACAGGUGGGAGGCUGACCACCGGAGGCCAGGGAGAAGCCACUUAGAGGCAUGAUAACACACACCAGAAAGCAUGCCCAGUCUACCGGGUACUAAAAUCAAGGCACUACUCACCACCUGUAACAAAAGCAUGAUUGUUGCUUGAAACAACACUCUGUACCAUUACUACGAGGAUGUAUUGUAAAAUGCCAUUGUACAAUGUUAUCACUAUAUACUCUCUGUUAUGCAAUAUGUAUGAAACGUAAAAUGUAGUUUAAAGUGUCAAUCCGAAACCUUUUCAUCUCAAUAAAAAUGAAACAUUUAAAAAAAAAAAAGAAAGGUAAAAAUAUGCUUACAUUAAAUCAGAGUAUUCCCAAAUACUACUGUCACAGUCUCUGAUUGUAGGUGUUUCGCGUCUCGCAUCCUCUGCAGAUCUCCUUCAGUGUUCCAUCUUGACUUUUAGACAGACUGCCUGCAAGGUAAUCAUGGCAAUCAGAUGCAUUUCCUCUUACUCCUGAUACUUUCUCAUUGGCUGACAAGUGCUGUCUGUUCAAUAUAAUUUUUUAUUGAUAACGAUUAAGCUACAAGGUAGUGAAUUGAAGCCGAUACAAAAGCAAAAUAAAUGUUACAAAGAAUGUGUUUCAUAAUGUAUAAUACCAUAGAUUGUAAAAGGAGGCAAUUAAGGAAACAGGGAAAAAAAUGUAAGCCAAUAUAUCAAUUUAUAAAAACAGAAGUCAGAUACAUUAAAAAAAAACAAAAAACUAACAUUGUUAAAUAUGUAAGUGGCAUAUGCAACAUUGUUUAAUUAAAAAAAGUCUUACAUUGAUAUGGGUUAUAUAAUCAAAUGGUAAAUAUCAUAAAACAGUGAAAUUAAAAAGAAUACAUUUGAGCCAAUAUAUGGUAAAAAUUAAAAAUGUAGUAUUAAAAACAUUGUAAGGGGAUAUUAUUGUCUUUCCAUUCAAACUCUUUCAAAAUUCUCAAAAUGCUUGGGGUAUCUUUCAAAUAUAAUUUAGCUUUUAUCACAUAUGGUUGUAGAAAUAUGUCUAUGUACUGAGAUAGGUUGGCCAUUAAGGAAUGGAUUCCUGAGAAUAUUGGCCUUCCUAGGGCAUUACAUUAUGCAUAUCUUUAUAUAUUUUUGGUAGAUAAUAAAAUAUUGGAAUUUGCAGGAAAUUCAUUAAAGAUAAAUUGUAUUACUUUUUGCUUAAUAUUCCAUUUAAUAGCCCUCUCUCUAACACACGUUCUAGUGUUUCCAUAUUUUCUUUUGUUGAAUAGAAGAUAGAAGUUUUUAGAUAGAAGUGUAUGUUUCUCUGCCACCUAGUAAUCUGAUUGAUUCCUUUGUGUAUUGUUCUUUAGACAAAAUUACUAUUUCCCCAUAUUUGUUGGCUUGUUUUAUAACCAAGUUUUAAUUUCCUGCUAAUUCCUUUAGAGCUGUCCUUUCAAUGUUUGUGAGAUUGUCGUUUCUGUAAUAUUUUUCUACAUCACAUUUACUCGGACACACGCAGCUGUUUGUUGGAACCUGAAUCCAAAUUGAGCAGUGGUACAUGAAUGCUUUGUUUUUGGUUUUUUUAUUGUGGAUCAGCCACAGUAUUUGGGACCGUUAUAGCCCAGAGGUUUAUUGCUACUCCAAGGAUAUUGUGAAGUGUUAUGUGUUUGGAGCACUUACGUGUGAAACACGGUUAUUAGUGUCCCUGAAUAGCUUUCGCAAGGAGUACUUUCUGCAAGGAGCGUUCCUGGAAGGAGCCCUCUCUAAAAGGAACACUUUAUCGUCAUUACUCCAGAUAUUAUUCCUGCGGCCAUCUGGUUCUCUCUGUCACACAGGUACUAUAGUAUAUUCGGAUUGUGGACAUUUACUUGGGACUAUUGUCCUGCUCAUUGUCCACUGAUAUUGUUGAGUGCGUGUGCUAUAUUAUCAUCUUUGUUUCACUGUGGUGUUUAUAUUCGUGCUACUUGAAUUUUAUAAGUGUGGCUGUACAACAGUAUCAACUCUGUUCUUAAAGAGUCCUCCAUCUUCCUACAUUUAUGGUGUGCGUUUAUUUUAUUGUGCAAUUUUAAAUAUAUAUAUAUAUAUAUAUAUAUAUAUAAAGGGCUGUAGUAUGUUUUUUUAGGAGACAGGGGCUUUAGUGUGUGUGUGUUGGUGGAUAGCUGCUGUAGUGUGUGUUAGGAGAAAUAGAGACUAUAGUGUGUGUGUUUGUGUGAAAAUUGUGGGAUAGUGUGUGAAUCUUUCUAACAAUGUUUGUAACUUGAAAUUCAGGCCCUGAACAAGGCAUUUUGUGAACUGGGGUUUUGUUUUGUUUUUCAUUUUUUUUUCAACUAUUCUUUUUUUUCAGCCCUCAAAAAAUGGCAUAUGAAAUUCCAUAAUUUCCGACGCAACUAAUGAAAAAAAACCCAGAUUCAAUAAACAAAUAAAUAAAAAAACAAAACAUUUUUAAAAUGUGUCACAAUAAAAAUAAUGAAUCUUUACCCUGUAAAGGCUCAGAGGAGAAAGCCCAUAUAAGGGCUUUUGCACACUGUGUGGGGAAAUGUUCUACAUUAUGCAAUGUCAAUCAGCCAUUAGUGACUGAUUGGUUGCCUAGCAAGCCUACUAGUCAGAGCGCUCUAACUGGCAAGUCUCGACAAGCUUGCCACACUGGUCGAUGUAUUUCAAAGAAUACAUUAAAAAUGUGAAUCAACCUGUGUGUUCAGGAAUCUGCGGGCCCACAUCAGGGCUUCAGUCCUAAAGGGCCUCCAUCAGUAAUACUAUACUAUACUAUACUAUAGUCUCAUACCUUCUCUUAUAAUAAAAAAUAAUAAUAAUAUAUAUAUAUAUAUAUAUAUAUAUAUAUAUAUAUCCAAGCCCAUAGCAAUAAAAGAUGAACAUCAUGAGCUAUGGAACAUAUGUGGGAUUGUUGCACCAGCAGGCAUCCUGAUUAAUGCAGACAUGGAUGGCAAAAGAGUAAUGUACAGCAGCUUCAUCACAAAUUCAUUAUUUCUAGGACAUGAAGCAAUGACAGAGUAUUCUAAACACCAGUAAAUCAUCGGGUUUCCCGUGCUUCUAAUUAUAUUCCUGUUAUGAUUAAUGGAAACUUCUGGAUAGUUAAUUGAACACAAUUUUCUUACUGGCUCUGGGAAUUGUAAAAUUACAGUUCCAUAGAAGCAAUGGAUUGCAUUUUGUGUGCUUCAAGUUUAAUAGAACUAAAUUUAUUUUGCAGCUGUACUGUUGUGGUUUGUUUUCCUUUGAUGUGUUUUGUGUUAAUGCAUAUUAAAGGCUCUAUGUACUGGUCUCCUUAAGGUGAUAUUGUCACCUGAAAAUGUAUUUUCAUAAAUUAGUUUAACCCAUUAGUGACUAAACCUUUUCCAAGAUCUAAUGUGUUCAUGACUGAAGCUUUUUGGGUGUUUUGUUUCCUGUGUUUGGAUCCUCUAUUUACCCAGUUUUGCACUAAGUGGUACCCAUACAUAUGCAAUAUCAUGAUUUUAAAAGACAGAUAGGGAUUUCUUAUUAUACACUAAUGGUUUGCCUAGAACAAUAUUAAAUAUUAAUAAAAUAUUAGCAAAUUGAAUAAAAUAUAUACUUUAUUUCAUUGUUUUGCUUAUAAGAAUUUCUAUUUUUAUAGGACAAGUAUUGCAAGGAGUGUAUUAUGAUUUUAAAGCUAAAUCUUUAUAACAUUUGGUCUGAGAUUAUAAUGUAAAUAGCAACUACAGAAUGACUCAACAAAAGUAUAUAGUUGUAGAAAGUAGACCCCUAGGGUAAUUAAGAGCAUUUUGUUUGAAACUUUUCAUUUAACUAUUUUAUCACCAACCAUUUCUGAUUAUUUUUAACAUAUUUCACUUUCAUGGGGAAUUUCACAAACCUUGUGUGUCCCACUGGCAUAAAAACUCCAGAUUUGCAUUCUACUAAACCACAUAUAAAUAUUUGUACGUAUAACUCCUCAAAACUCUGGCAAACAUGCCCAUUUCAGUUUUUACAUUUUCAUUCAUUGAUUUAUUUUAUCCAUGUCCCAUUUGGAAAAUCAAAUCUACUGUAAUUUAACCCCAUUAUGGCAUACCUUGGCACGAUAUAACCUAACUAACCUUGACCAUAUCUAAUCCUAGCCCUAUGGAACCCUCACCAUAGAAAACACUAACACUAGCAAUGCCCAGGUUAGUAAAUUGAGCCUCGGCCCCAAAGCUAAGUGGUCGUCCUGAGAGCCAAUCUGUCACGGGUGGCGGUAUGGAAACCGGGACCCCUGAGUGCCUGAUGAGAAGUUGGGAGUCUUCAGCAUGGAAGUGGAUUAUCAGGGUCUGGUGCAGGGCAACCACAUGCCCCCUGGUGUUGAGCACCAGCGUUUGUGCAGCCACAAACCAGAACCCUGAUGCAGCUUAUGCAGAUCCCAGUAACUAGGAGCUUGAUAUGCAGACCUCCCAGGAACUGGAUAGGGAGGCUCUGCAGCAGACAUGUAUCCAGUACAGAAACAAGGCAAGACUAGAACAGGCACCAAACAUGAAAACAAGACAGAACUAAUAGAACUCAGAACCAGAGAAGGAUAGGAAUUAUAUGAAAAGGAAUUAGAAAUGAUAUGGAAUUAUAUGAUCAUACAUUGCAUAAGCCUGCCACAACGCCAAUGUACCCCAUAUUCGGCAGGCCCUACACUGCCUAAUGCAAGCUAAACCAACCAAAGAAAACAAACAUAGCACUUACCUGCAAGAAAGGGCAGAAGUCAUGAAACACUGCUGCAGGUCCAGACUGAAACAAAAGGAAAAUAGAAAACAAACGGGUGUGGCAACAUAAAACAAACAUAUAAAUGAAUCCAGGAGACUGGGAAUACCAGGGACGGAAUAAUGGAAUGAACACAGAAAAACCCAGCAUAAAGAAAACCAGACAUGGAAUAGAAAACCAAAAAAACAAGAAAAACUAAACAAGAAUUGUAAAAAGAGUACUGGAUACCAGAAACCAAAGCCAGACAUCUCCGCAGAACAGAACAGGAUGUGACACAAUCACAGAAAUUACAACUUUUUGUAAGCUGAUGUUCCUGCAUAUGGAUUUUAAUCGAACAGAAAAAAAAGCUAAAUAUUAGACUUUUCCUAAUUUUUCAUGUAGAGCUUACCAUGGUAUCUGCUGAUGUGUAAACAGUUAAUUUCAUGGAUGUAAUGUUUAGGGAGCUUGGCAGAAACACUGAGAAUACAAGGGAAUUCUUACACAUGGUUAAUUUUUUAUAGGUGUUGCAUUUUCCUUUACUACUUUCCAGAAACCAAUACACCUGCCUCGGUAUAAUGGAACCAUUACAGACAAUUCCAUUGGAUUUUCUGUCGUAUUGCGUCCACUACAAGUAUAUUCCACUCUAGACCUUUACGUUACACUAGGGUCAGCUCCUCCUGUGUCCUGGGUUUCAAGUUAUGGUGGUUCCAGAUCCUUUGUCUUCCCUGCUUCCAGGCAUAAUAAUAUGGCUUGCUUGCAUGAGUUGGACAACCUACAUUUUUACACGUUGGAAUGCAUCACAUACAGUUACAGAAACAUGUUACUCUAUCCAGCAAACACUGUACUAUUUUCCUUAGUUAGAUUGUUGAAAUAAAUGUGCCACAAAGAUAUGUAUUAGUGCUUUUUUCAAACAGGGGGAAAUAUUUAAGGUAUUAAAGGCCUCAUAAUUUAACAGACUUGGUUAAGCCUUGCUCUUUACAUUUGGAUAUAGAAGCUGUCAGUUAAGAAUGGGGAUUGGUGUGUGUUUGCUCUUUUUAUAUAAACCAAGUCCAUUACCAUAAGUGGAGAUGUCAGGGAUCUUCAUCACUAAAUUUUGUUAGCAGGAAAGGUGACAAAAGUACAUUUUAGAACAUGCAGCUCUGAUGUAUUUAAAUUCUAGCCAACUGUGUCUAGCUUUUGUCUCUCAAAGCCAUAGGCAAACAUUGUGGGAAUCCUCUAUAUAAGGUGAAAUACUAUUGGUCAUGUGUAUUUUACUGCUAUACUAAUAUGUAAUUUAAAAAUCCAAAAAAUGCAUGAUAUAUACAGAUUAAUUUGUUAUCUUUACAAUCACUCUCUCAUAUGUCUACACAAUUCUCUGUAACCGUCACAGUCUACAACUUUUCAUUUUAUUUUUUUUUAGGGGAAAAAAUGUAUAUAAAACCAACCCCUGAUAAACCACUUGUUAUAAACAUAUCUAUGCCCUAUCUAAGAAAGCAUGCAAUUUUUUUAGCUUCUCCCAUGAUUCUGGAUCUGCGUCCACAAUCUCUUCAACUGAUAGAAUGGAAAUAGAAUGGAAGAAACUAAAACAUAUGUUGGUUUUCCUGUAAUCUCUACCAUGUGCUGGAGAGUAUGAAAUAUAAUUUUGGAAUGGGCACAGCCUUGGUGGUUUUCUGUCAAAUUACUUUCUACGUGGGAUGUUCUUGAAGACCAAGAUAAACGUUUGAGUAUUGAAGUGAACUUGGGUCUAGUCACAUGCUUGUCAACAUAGAUUGAAAAAAUGUCUUUCUGGAGGGGUUCAGCUAUAUUAUUUUUUAUACCUAAUGGAACAAAGAAUAGACAGAAUGCCACCAAAAUUAGAGUCAAUUGCUGGAUCAUUAUUAUUCAUGAGUAAAGAUCUUCAGGUUCCAGAUUCCAAUGUUAUUCUUGCACACUCUACAGGAGUUAUCUACCCUUUUUGGGCAUCUGCUGCUAAGGCUUCCGCUGAACAGAUUUACUGAGCAGCUUUAAGGAUUUGCUGUGCCAAGUGUUAGCCAGAAUAUUGAAGCUGUAGUUCAGCAAAGCUUUGGAGCUACUUGUAAUUCAUUCAUGAUUCUGUAAUCUCAUCUUUUGCUCCAUUUCAUUGUAUUCUGCAUGUUGUCCAACCUGUAAUUCUAUUGUUUUGUUGGUCAAAUAGUAUGCAACAUACUUCUUCAUCAUUUCAAUGCAUGUGAAAGAUCUAAGAUGAUAUAUUACCUUGAUAUGAUGUUUGAUGCAUUUUGUUAGAUGAUACUAACUGUAAAGCACUAUAAACAGAAUAUCUGUAUUUAAGCCAUAUCUACCCUUAUUAUAGGUUUCUUUUUCUACCUGAACUAGCAUUUACAGAUUACAGAUAGAAGAGAAAUGAUGAGGGAAUAUAUCUGUUGUGUCCUUUGAUUUGUGUGCUACUGAUGUGAAAAAAAUAUAAUUGCAGCUCUUCAGGGACCAGCUCACACAAUCAUGGAGCACACUCUUAGUCUUCGUGUUUUGAAUUAUCCUCAGAGAAUAGGACUGAAAUGCUGAAAGAAGGUUUAAUGUGUCCCAUCUAUUGCAUUAUUUUUUUGAAGACCCUAGAAUUGUAUUGCUCCCACAGCUUCUACAAUGUUCUUGAUUUCGUUUUAACAGCUGAAAACUGUUGAUAAAUAUAAUGGACAAUAUAUUUUUUACAUUUCAUCUGGAUUUAAUAACAGCUAAUAUUCUUGCAGCCAAACCUGAUAAAUGGAUUGGCUGCUUACUUAAAAAUCCCCCAAUAAAUGAACUUUGGAAGAAAAUUUUUGGCCUUUUCUAAUGACUACCCAAGUUAAUCAUUAAAAAAAUCCAUUAAAAGCCUAGGGGGGUCAAUAUUAUAGUGGUCACACACCAUGCCACUGGUGGGUGCAUGUCACCAGACAGUGCCUGUCUUCUUAAAUAAAAACUAUUGUCCCCCCAAUUAACCCACCAGUGAUCUUUGAAUGGAGGGGUUUAAAUUGAAUGAUGACAAUGAUCUUUCCACCCCUUGUGCACACACUUGUGGCAAGCACAUAGGAGCUAUUACAUUAACCCCUUAAGGACACCUUUUAUUCCAGAAGUUUGGUCCUUACGGGGAGACAUCUUAGUGCCCUCUCGACACCACGGUGGGGGCAUUUAAUUAAAUUAAAAAAAACUUGUGUCCACCUCAGCUCCAAUCAUGGUCAGCAGGUGGGGGCUAUAAUUAUAAGAAAUAGGUGGGGCCACACACCAGCGUCAUGAUGAGUGGGGGCAUGUUGGAGGUAUAAAACCUCCCUUGUACUAAUGUGAAGGUCACAUUGACCACCAUGGGCCUUUUAUUUUUAACUAUUUGACUACUGGCUGCUAGUGCAUUUAUUAGUAGUUUAUUAACUACUUUUAGCUGUCAAAUCCGCUAUGCAUCUGUUAAAUGGGAUUGAAUCUCCGAAGCCUAUAUUUUGAAUGUAAAAUAUAGCUAUCUAAUUCCAUAAUCAAAAACAUGAAUUGUUGGCUUCCAGUAAACUUUUAAGAUGCCAGCAUGCAAGGUACACAAUGGGCACCCGUUGAAUAUUUUUUGUUCAACAAAUGAGAAAUUCAUGUGGGGCUUUGGUGCCACAAGAGGAACACAAACCUCAUGUCAUUUUCUCCAUUAAUAAUGCUUAAACCCAGAAGAUGUGCCUAUUGCAGAGUCGACUUCAUGGGAAUUUGACAAGGGUCAUUUAAAUGUGCUCUCCCACUUCAAAUCAUUACAAGAGAAUUAAGGAAAAGCUAUAUUCAAUUUAUGGAGUGAAAGCCUGUUUUGAAAAUCUGCAACGUGCUGAAAGAAAAAAAAAAAUCAGAGAUUGAUCCUUAUGGCCAUCCUUAACAGGUAUUUGCACAGAGGACACACCUAGAGAUGGCACCACAACACUGCAGAAAUCAUGCCAUCAGCUGACCGACUGUCAUUGCUGGGCUGCCAAUGCAUCACACAAAUGUCUUGAAGAACUGUUGUGAAAAACUGUCUCCUCGAGCAGCGUGAUGGUGACUGGGAAAUAUCUCUAUUGCUCUCGGUGCUUGUAGCCUUUGAAAGAAUCCUACACAAUGCAAGGAAGCAUAGAUGCCAAGAGAGGUGACCCUUUUAAUAUUCACCUCUCAGGCUCACUCCAUUAGACCUCCAGUAAGGAGUACCCUUCAUCUUUAGGAAAAAGGGAUGGGAGCGCAGAAGUGGUCUGGAAUCCUCCCAAGGUUAGUAGUCAAACCUUCUGUUAAUGAUUUCACAACUUACCUUGACACUGCUAGAGUCAGAAGCUCCUGCAAGGAAUUUCCUUUUGCUCUACUUAGCUAAGCCCUGCCAUCCAGACUAGAGCAACUUAUUAUCACAUUGCUUUUUGCCUUUUUUAUAUUGCCUGUGCACCUGGUCCUUUCUGUGUGUUUAUCUUCUUUAAUCACACAAGUAAGCUAAAUGUACCUUUGUAUAGAGAUUUAAAAGAUUAAGGCCUCAAUCUAAUAUUUUGGAUAAGCUAUUUAUUUAUUUUUUAAUAUAAAAAAAUAUAUCAUAUGUAAAAAUAUACCAAGAUAUUAAAACAUAUCAAAAUAUUAAAUCAUUUUAAAUGUAUCCAGAAAUAUGAAAUCAUAUGAAAAGCUUAUCUAAAAAUAUUAAAUCAAGGCCCAAGUAUAAAAUAUAGGUUUUUUGCUUUUGGUUUUUCCAGUGGAGAUUUGUUUUUUCCUUGUGCACGGUUUAUAAGAUUGCAGGUUUGGGGGAGGUUGUUUAUUAGUCAACAGGACAAUAAGCUUAUAUGAUAAUAACUUGUCUUUCUACACGCCCUACACUACACUGAUGAAUUUGGCCCCUCCAGAUUGUGUGUCACUGGGAGAUAAUUUCCUUGUAUGGCAUGAGCCUUCUCCUUCUGCUCUUGAUGAAGAAAAGAAUGAGAAAGAGAGUUUCAUAUAAUCCCUUCUGUACAAUAGAAGGGGUUACAGACUGGGUCCAUUGUAAUGCAAAACAGAUGCAUUUUGCAUUAAUUUUUGUUGGAAUAUAUAUGGAUAGUCACCUUAUAUCUGGUUUCUGAAUAUACAUUGAAAUAAUGUGCUUUGUGAUAUGUGUUCGCCAUGCCACGGACAUCCACCUGGUAUUAAAUCCCAUUUUUUAAUGUCUCUGUCUGCGACACAUGAUACAUAUACGAUGUUCACAAGAACAGAUAAUUAUGCAAAACUUAAACGUCUUUUAACGUCAUGCUGAUCUGGUUUACAAAAUACCUCUGUAACACAAGCAGUUUAAAAAUAAUUUGCUCUGUAAUAGCCAUAAAUUAAUAAUGAAAACACCUAAGAACAAUUAAACUUGACAUGUAGAUUAUUGAAGCUGUCGUAUUGUUCAGUUAUACAUAUAUAUAUAUAUAUAUAAAGAGAGAGCAAGUUGGAAUAGCUAUGAGCUAUAGUCCUUAAUCAGGACAACUAUUUGACAAGAACUCUGACAAAGGUAACUAAAUUCUGGCCCUUAAAAUAACGCAUAUAAAAUAUUAAGGUUCCAUCCACUGAUUACUUUAACUUGUAGGUAGGUAUGAUAUUCCUAUACAGAUGUCUUCCAGUUUUAGACUCCUAUUUCACAAUGUUUAAUCAUUCCCAUCCUGCAUUAUUAUUAAUUGUAUAUUAAAAUAUGUUAUGUUAUCCAUAUAGACACUAGACUUUUUCCAUUUUAUGUUUUACUUUUUUUCCCCCCUUUCCCUCGUGGUUUACACUAAAUUAUCUCUCAGGCACAAGGGAGGGAUUGACCUAUUUUGUAUGGUAGUGUCCUGGACCUGAGAGCCAAUGUAAGUGUGUGUAUGUUUUUACUGUAGUCUACUCUCUGGUCCAGGGGAGAGUGCCCCUUGCAUGGGGACCUGAAUAUAAGGCCAGUUGUGGCUGCCAAUAAAUGAGUUCCUGCUUACCCUCAACAUAAAGUCUCAUCUCAUGUGUGGGGGAAACAGCUGUAUCUACUCUGGGGGUGGCUAUAUCACUUUCCUGGGAUUAUAAUCACUUGAUCUUUUAAGAGCAUAUUGUUACACUCUCUUGGAGGAGACGUCUAACUACUGGAAGCUGCAUCCUGGUCUUGGACCCAGGGAGGGUGGAGGACAGCAAGCUGUAACACUGGAAGUGGGGACUACAGUGCUGAUGGUAUCUGGUGCGGUGCUUGUGGUAGAAGAGAGUCUUAAAAGAUUUUUUGUAUGUUUUAAGCCUAUUGAUAUAGAAGAUAUUGGGUCCCAAAUGUCACAUAAAAAAACCUGACAUUGGAGGUCCAGUUGUGGGAGAAGCUGUUAUAAAGUAACCAGAAACACUGCUAACAUUUUACUGUUAUGUCUAAUCUCACAUACCUGCCUAAGCUUUUUGAUAUUACUUCCAAUGACUCAUACCUUUAAGAGUUUCAGAUUAAUUUUGAUAAGUCAGAGGUCUUGACUUUGCGACUAGUUCGAUUCGUAAUUAUGAUAUCUGAACAAAGUUUUAAUUGACAUAACUUCCAUAUUAAUUAUUGAUUACUAUACUUGCACUGUUCACAAAUAUUCAAAGUUUAUAGCUAUGAUUUGAUUAUAUGGAAUAAUAAUAUAAUAUUUUCCGAUUGGCUUAUUGCACCUAGAGGGAAGACGACUAGGGUCUAUAGCAGGGGUAACAAAAACAGAGAAUAUAAGAACUUUGAAAACGGACAAAAGCUUAGAGGAAUUUAGUAGCUUGUAAUUUGGUAAAUCCUCGCUAAGGUCUCAAACUUUUACUGUUUUUAUUUUAGUUUUAGUUUAAUUUAGAUGUUGUGGACUACAGCUCCCUGUAGAUGCUUUGCUUGCAUUAUGGCUGUAAGAGUAUUUUGGGAGAUGUACUCAAAGGUUGUUUAAAAGAAUAAAAACUACCACAACAAGAGGACAUAGUCUUAAAUUAGAGGGGCAAAGGUUUAAAAAUAAUAUCAGGAAGUAUUACUUUACUGAGAGGGUAGUGGAUGUAUGGAAUAGCCUUCCAGCUGAAGUGGUAGAGGUUAACACAGUGAAAGGAGUUUAAGCAUGCAUGGGAUAGGCAUAAGGCUAUCCUAGACUAUAAGAUAAGGCCAGGGACUAAUGAAAGUAUUUAGAAAUUUGGGCAGACUAGAUGGGCCGAAUGGUUCUUAUCUGCCGUCACAUUCUAUGUUUCUACCUUUGAUUUAUAAAAAUAUCUUGCAUUUUUCUCUUCAUUUAACAAUUGCAUUCUCAAAGAAUUUACAAAAAUAUGGGUAGAAAUGGUAAUCUUGUUACAUUUUACAAACAGGUAUCUAACUAUCAACAUUAAUCUAUUAAGGGUCUUGGCUCUGCUAUAAUUUUGAUAUAACAAUACAUCACCACUUUCCUACAAAAUUAAAGGAACACUACAAGUUCCAUAAUCAGUACAGUCCACUGUAGUGCUUAGGGUGCCAUGAGUGCCCUAUUGCCCCCCAAAUGUCUGUAUUCAAAUAAUUUUCUAAUGGUUUUAUAACUUAACUGUGGCCCACCAGGUGUCAGCCCUUAGCUUUAAUGAGAGCCAGAAGCUUGAUCUUGCAUUGAUUUUGCUAAUCCUGGCAGUAAAGGGUUUAGCCAGCUGGCUGAGAGCAAUCAUCUGAUGAUCCCUGCCAAUGAGCUGGCCCUUCACUUCAUGGCUUAGCUCAGUAGAGCUAAUAGCAGCUCGUAGGAGAAGCUUCCAACUCUCAAUGAAGUAAGUGACAAUAGCCCAAAAUAAUGUUUCCUUUAGGCAAUUUAAAGAUAACCGGUAACGUUAUUUGUUAUUCUUCAACUUUUCUUCCUAUAGCUCUUAAACGUUUGUCUUUUACAAUACAAAGAGUUAUCAUAUCUCACCUUUCCAGAUAUUACUGGAUUAAACUGUCCUUUCUCUAACCCCACAGAUACAUAUGUGUUGCAUACAGGCGAUAAUAUUAAAAAAUCCUGUUUAGUGACAGUUACCCUUUAAUAGGCCUGCCAUAACCACCAUUUUGAUUUCCCUUUCACCUAUUCUCCUAUCAUACAUUUCCCAGGUUUUUUUUGUUUUCUUUUACUUUUUAAAUAAGUAUUACAUUACAAAUACCAACAAUUUUUUAAUUACAAGAGUCAUAUCUAGGCAGCUUUGUAAUUAGAAUUAGAAUUUGCUGUGUUUUUUCUUUUUUUAAAUCUCAGCAGAUUUGGUUUUCAUUAUAUAAAGUAUUUGUAUCCUAGACUGCUGUUUAAUGUGUUCUUAAGGAGACACUCAUAGCACCAUAAAUAUUAUUUAUUAUAAAGAUGUCAUUGCAUGGAUUCUGUCCAGUUUCUGUCAAGCUCUCCUCAAGAACAAUCGCAACCCUGCUCCCCUCAAAAUUGAGCAUUAUUGAUAAGCCAUGAACUGGUGACUAAGUGUUAGGGUUUGGAGAUGGGGUUUUCAUGUGAAGAAUCUAGCACACCCAUGGGAGACACCAUUAACUAGAGGAACUAAUAGAAAACAGGGUCAUCCCAUAGCCCAUAGCAGAGUGGCAGUAUAGGGGCUUAGCUUUAUUAGAAUGGGAUGAGGCAAAGGUGCAGUCUUUCUUUGGACUUCUGUUGGUCCAGACGGCACAAGAUCAAAGUAGGGGUAACAAACCAAGUUUUAAUAUAUGAAAUAUAAUUUAAUAUGAAUAAGAUAUAAUUUUAAAAAGUGUGAGAAAUUAAGAAAUGUUUUUAUUUUCCAAGUUCUACAUGGCAUUUUAUCUGAUGAAUGUCCGCUUUUACUGCACUAAAACACACGGAUGUGUAUCCUGUAAUGUCCCACAUGGCAAUACCUGGAAAUUUGACAAAGUGUUUUUCUGGGCCAAUGUCACUUUUGAGACUGUGUGGGUAAUAAUAUUUCCACCAUUAUGGCAUACCAUUUUCAAAAGUAGACAAACCAGAGUAUUUCAAGUGGUGUAUUUUGAGUUGUUUGUUCUAGCUAUUUUAUCACAAAUGCUGGCCACAUUUAGUGGUUAUAUUUUCUUUUGUGUUUUUCACAUAAAUUCCAUUUUCUCAGUAAAUUUCAUAGGUUUGCCAUAUUAGUGCAAUAAAGCCUCAAUAUUGUUAUGUAACAAUUUAUGUAACAUUGCCUGACAAAUAUAACAGUGCCCCCAUGUAUAUUUUUUUUUAGGUUUUGUUGGUAAGUCACAGGGCGAAAUAUAUAAGAUGCCCUUUUCAACUUGUAGAAAUUGAAUAAGUGAUGUCGCCGUUGAGAGAAAAUGGCACCUUAAGAAAAAAAAAUUAUCCCCAUGAUUACAUACCAUUUUAAUAAGCAUGCUAAAUGUAGAAUGUUGAGUCGUUUGGUGUAGCCACUUUAUAAUGGUUUGGAUUAAUGUAAACAGGGACAAGCCAAGGUCAGGGGUAUCCAGAAGUCAGAGUAGUCAUUACAAGUACCGGUACAGGCAGCAAACAAAGAUAAAUCAAGACAAGUCAGGAAUCCAGAAUAAUCAAACAAACGAACGAAGUCCCAUGCAGAGCUAUUCAAUAGUCCAGCUCUGCAUGGUAGAUGCUGAAAGUAUGUUAUGCAGAGGGCAGGUAGAGUUAAUUAGGAAGGGCUGUAAUAACUAGAGUCCUUUAAAACUCUUUUAUUGUAGCUAAUGCAACACUUUCUCUGUGGUGACUUUUUAUAGGUUGGGGGAUUUGGAAAUGAAAGAUCUUGCCCCAAAGUCUCUGUACAUAUUCUGAUUCAAAAAAGGGAGGAUUGGGGGACUGGGUAAAAAAUAUCAGAAAAAAAUGUUAAUUUAGAAAUUGUUAUGGCUUCUCUAUGGCUGUUUUUUUUUUAUACGGCACAUAGGAAUUAAAAAAUGCAACCUGGGGGUGGGGCCGGACGGCCAUGCCAACAGGCUGCAAAUCACUUGGGCUCCCGAGGAAAAACCAAAAACUAGGGUAUAUACCCACCCUACCCGACUUGUAACAACCCGGGGGUCCAUGGCAUGAAGCUGGAGCGCCUGACGAUGGGUGGCUCUAGGUCCUGGUGAGAAACUCUGGGGCUCGGGGAUGAAGGCCUACCCGGGAGGGGAGUGGGGCGGACGGCCGCUGCCUCACUCUCCGUCCCGACUACAGCAAUCUAUUAUCUGACUGGCGCCUUCCUGGUCCCGUUCCCACCCCCCACCCACCCCCGUGGGCCCGGGGGGUCAUCCCGGUCCCCACCAGGCAGGCUACCGCCUUGCACAUGUUACCUGGGCGGCCCGAAGCCGUAGGAGAAAGACUCCCACGCGGUCUCACCAAAAUGGCCGACGGCCACACUGCAACACUGCCAGCCAAGACAGGCCGAUAUGGUAAUGCGGCACUACACAGCCCGAGCUACCACCAUGGGAGGUCCACGGGGCACAUGCUCGAUGACAGGCGGAAACCACUACAGCCUACAUCUACUUCACCUGCCCAUGUCAAAGCGGCAACCUCCGACAAGACACGCUGGGAUACCUCCGACCGAGCACGCCUCACCAUUGAUUGGUGCUGGAAGGCCAAAUGGGGACAGCAUCCUCAUCCACCGACCACACAGGUCUACAACCCAGGUCUGAAAACCAAGGUCUGCGAAGCUAAACUCACACAGCAACCGGUAAGCUAUGACAGGAGCUCAGGUAACCUGCAGGGACUCUCCCCACGCCUAGGCACAGACUGUAUUCCCAUGGCCUCUUACUUUGCGCACGGUUGGAGCUGGCGGUUACCCCAGCCAUUCACACUAAGGAGCACUCCAUAUAACAUAUCACGUAUAGCCACACCAGAUAACAUUGUAACUGCAAUUAUUGAUUAAUAUGCAUACCCUCUGUUUAGUAUCUUUCAGACAGACAAUUUUUUGUUUAAGCUUUAUACCUGGUGCUCAGCCUGGUUGCACACUGCUUUAAUGAUUACUUUAAUGGCUUUAAAAUAUAUGUAUUGUACUACCAGCAAACUACUAGACCUGCUUAGCCAAGAAAGGACCAAACACUGCUUAAUUACUAAUCGUAUUGUCUAAACAUGAUUAACUUCUACAUAACUAGAAAAAAAUGUGCAUAAACUCUUGAAUACUUCAUUGUUAAAACUGUUGAAAAUCAGCGUGGGGAAUGCCGUUAGGGUACCACACGCAUGCUGUUAUAUAUCUCUUUGCACUGCAAAAAAAAAAUGCAACCUGGCUUCCAUAGGUGCCAAUUUUUGUACCAGUAACUAGUUUUUCAGUUUACCAGAUAAGGAUGUAUACAUUGAUCAGCCAAAUGUACUCCCCCCAUAUACUUGCUGAAGUCUACAAUGUACUUUAGGUUUUAAAACUGCUCAGGUGUUCCUUUGAUAAGCACUGGCACUGCACUUUCGUAGUGCUUUGUAGACAGUAUGUACACAUCUUUCUUAUCUGUGUACCAAAGGGCUAUCCUCAUCCUGGCGUAGACCUGAUGUCGAGCCUCUAGUGCAGGGGUAGGACACCUAUGGCACGUGUACCAUGCACGGCACUCGAGGUGUCUUUGCACGGCACUCAAGGCUGCUAGAGCCAACUACAGAUAUCUGCUAAUAAGAAAAGGUGGUGAAGGACAAUCCUCAAUUUAUGCAUUGCAGCACAUCUCAGAUCACUUCCUCCCAGUACCUGUGAAUGGGAAUCCACACUGUAGUAGAGCAGCCCGCAGUUGCUAUUGCAGCUCCUGUCCUUGAGCUGUACCUGGACAAACCUGGUCCCCUUGGAACCUAGGGAAGCCACCCACACUGUUAGAUAUACACAGAAUAACCCUCUCCUCAUACAAAUAAUAUGAACAGCCCACAUACAAACAUACACACAAUCCGCACAAACGCAAAACCACUAACAAUCCACAUAGAUGCACACAACUCCACAUGCAGCCUCUCACAUGCAAUACUCCAAACAGCCCAACACAUACACACACACUACCAAAUACACAAUGUGCCAUAUCCAUCUACACACACAAUGAAACUACUCAUGAACAUUUACAACAUAAUAGCUCAUAUACGCACAACUACAACAAUACAAAGCAACUGCAGUAUAAAUAACCCAGGCAGAAUACGUCAGCAUGCACACCUCAAUUUAAAAAAAUAGGACCGGCAUGCUACAGGACAUCACAAUCUUAUUUCGGCACUGUGCUGCUAAAAGGUUGCUUACCCCUGCUCUAGUGUUUCUGCCACAUGUCAGGGUUUGGGGGAAACCUCUGCUUGUUUUAGGCACUGUGCCACAUGCUAGAGUUUCGAAACAAAAUGCAUUUUUAAAUAUAUACAUACUGGUAUAAUAAUUAUCAACCCAUAGAUUAUAACUUUUAUUGAACGAGAGAAGGAGCAGAUUCCACACAUCUUGCCAUUUGUACCCACAGAAUAAGGGCACCCUGGGUCUAGGUCUCUAUCCUUUCCUUAAUUUAUACAAAAAUGUCCAUGUGUAGCCAGUAGUGGAUUUGCAUAAUUUGUAGAAUUUAAUGCCAUUUUGUGACCGCUUUGAUGGGACAUGUUGUUUAAAAAGCAAUUUACCUUUGAAUUUCAUUAGAGAUUUGUCAAUACAAAUGUUUUGGUCUGGUAUAUAAUUUUGGGAAAAUACCUCAGGAAUUGGAUAAAGGGCAAAAUGUUGAAGAGCCUGUCAAACAAUGAGUAAAUCUAAGAGGGACAAUGGAGGAAUUGCAGCAUUUUCUCAUCCCUCUUCAUAACUACUGGGAAAAGAGGUGCAGCCAGGAUGUGAUGCUUAUGCCAGUAGGACGUAAGACUUGGCACUUUAACACUCCCCAUUACAGCAUAAAAUAGUUUACUGGUUCACAAAUACCAUAUUCGUAAAGGGGUGGGGAAGACAAUAAUUAACAUGAAAUAGCUCUCCUGUCUGCAGAACCCAUACUAUGCAAAUGUAACUGACUAUGUAAAUAAGCAACCCUUGCUAUUCAGGUUUUUCAUUUAGGUGUUGCUACCAACAGAUGGCUCUAUACAGGCUCCAUAGCCAAAUCAACCUAGUUGGUAGAAAGCAUCAGCAGGACAGGAGAGCACACAAAACAUUCAACAAUAAACAGUCAUAGACACCCUGCACCAAUACAGGACACAGGGUGACUUAAACAUAUGAAGCCCACGGAGCAACGCAGGGGGGGAGUGGGCCUUGACAGGGCCAGAAAGUUGGCAGGUGAAUUGUAGGUCAAGGGGUGUGGUUUAAGUUAAUACGUGGUGAGGAGUGCUAGCCUGUUAAAUAGCAGCCAUCUUAAGUUUAAGCCAUUUUAAUUUGAGCUGCCCUUGCCUGUGAGUUCUUGCAGGUCAGCGUGGCUCUUUCUCUCUUCUCUUUUGCAGGUCAUGGCUUCCCUUGAAGAAAUUAUGGCGGGCGUCCGGUCAGUGGUACAGGAGAAAGGUCUGGCGUGGUUGCAGGAGCAGCUGGGGGUUCCGAGCACGUCUGCUCCCCCCCCUUGUGGCAGCGGUGAGGAGGCCGGUGAGGAGAGCGAGGCCGCCCCAGCGGCUCAGCCCGGGUGCGGCGCUGGCGGCGCGGAGGAGGAGGAGCCCAUCUGGAGCGAGGGGAGAAGUGGCUGGCGGGUCUGGAAGCUGGAGAGGAUCAGAGGGGCGACCGGCGCCGCCUGUCCGACGGUCAGGUGAGACUGCGGGCCGGGAAGAGGCCUCCUGCAUUGAGUAACCCCUGUCGCCGGGCGGGGGGCAGGAUGGCCCAGACGGAGACAGGGCCACACAGGCGGGAACCAGCACAGAAGACCGGAGGGAGAGCAGUGCACCCUUCACAGCGUCCCGGUGAGUCGCCCCCUGGGGGCAACACUGAGGGGCAGGUGGGAGGCAAAAGUACAGGCAGCACCAGACUAGCGGACCCUCAAGGUGGGGCUGGGGACCAGGUAAGCAGCGUGCAGGACAAGGCAGCCCUUACAGGGGCUAGGAAAGGGAGGAGGAUGCAGGAGAGGAUGGGAGUCAUAGGAGUGGGAGUCUGCCCGGGCCCGGUGGAAGGACAGGCGCGCAGAGGGUCGACCAGGAGCGGAGUGGUGGACGGGGCACAGGAGAGUUGGUGAGCGAGAAGGCUGCGGCGCAGGCAAGACAGAGCCAGGGGAGAGGCCAUGCGGACGGGGGUUCCCAGGUGGGAAACACACGGGAGGCCUUAAGGGGUUGUUCCCAGGAGCAGCGGAAUAGGAGGAGUCACAGUAGGAGGGACGGCGGAGAUACACCGGGCAGCGAGAGGGAUGGACAUGGCAGCUUGGGAGGAUCCUCAGAGAGAUGCAGGAACAGGGAUAGGAGCACUCCACGGAGCCGGGACGUUGGGAGGAGGUCCGCCUCCAGGUACAGGAGGAGGAGGUAUCGGCGCAGCGAGUCAGGGUCGGAUGGCAGGGAGGACACGAGGCGGAGUGGGACCAGGAGCGACCGAGGAAUAUGCCUUUUGCAUAUUAGCUAGUGUGAUCGGGGAAAAGCUUUUUUGCUAUUUGGACGGUAUAGGGGAUGCCUACAGGACCUACGGGGGACUUGCAUGGUGGAGAUACGACGAACAGUUUCGUCAGCGUCUGGCAGCAAAUCCGGCUAUGCGGUGGGACCAGAUGGACCUGCCAUUAUGGAUGAGGCUAAUGAUGGCGCAGAAAAGUGCCCCCUCUCUUGGGGCAGCCGGUGCGGGCCUGAGUGGGAGCGCGUCAGCAGGACCGAAGAAGGGGUUUUGCUGGCUCCUCAACGAAGGGCAGUGCAAGUGGGGAGCAUCAUGCAGAUUCAAGCACGAGUGCUCCGGUUGUGGCGGUAACCAUGGAAUCUCCAGAUGCUUCAAGAAAGAUAAAACUAACAUGGGGGGGGGAAACACUGGGACAGCGUCCGCCGCUUCUGUGGCGGGGGGCAUCCCCAGUGAAAAUAGACGCGAUGUUGCCUUGGCUAAGGCAAUACGCUAAUCAGGAAGUGGCUAGAUUCUUGUGGAAGGGGUUCACGGACGGUUUCGUGAUCCCUUUCCAGGAUAGGGGUCCGGGUAUAGUGUGUGGGAAUCUUAAGUCGGUGCUGGAGCAUCCCGGGGUGGUUAGGGAGAAGUUGUGGAAAGAGGUGCGAUUGGGAAGAAUGGCGGGCCCGUUUGCGGCUUCGCCAAUGUCAGAGUUGAGGGUGUCUCCACUGGGGGUGGUCCCCAAGAAGGAAACGGGCAAAUUCCGCCUGAUACAUCACUUAUUGUACCCGGCGGGGGCAUCGGUGAAUGAUGACAUCGACGCGGCACUGUGCUCUGUUUCCUAUACAUCAUUCGACAAUGCUGUUGAGUUGGUUCGGAGAGCGGGGCACGGGGCGCUAAUGGCAAAGGUAGAUGUGGAAGCAGCAUUUAGGCUGCUUCCCAUACACCCAGAAUGUCAUCACCUCUUAGGAUGUUACUUCGAAGGGGAGUUUUAUGUGGAACUAUGUCUGCCUAGGGGUUGCGCUAUCUCUUGCGCAUAUUUCGAGAGGUUUAGUACCUUCAUAGAGUGGGUAGUACGGAAGGAGUCGGCGGGGGGUGCGGUGGUACACUACCUUGAUGACUUCCUGUGCGUCGGCCCGCCAGGAACAGGGCGUUGCGGCCAGAUACUGAAGGUCUUUGAGUGGGUGGCACAUAAGUUCGGGGUACCGCUGGCAGCGGACAAAACGGUGGGGCCCGCCACGUGCCUCAGUUUUUUAGGCUUAGAAAUCGACUCGGUGCGUGGUGAAUGCAGGUUGCCUUUGGACAAACUGCACGCCUUACGACAAUUGGUGGACAUGGUCGUGAAAGCGAAGAAAGUAACCUUGCGGGAACUUCAGUCGUUGUCGGGUGAUUCCCAUGGGGAGAGUUUUCUGCCGGCUGCUAGCUCGCGCAACGAGCAGGUUGAAACAGCCAUCGCAUUAUAUCAGAGUGUCGGCAGAAAUGAAAGCGGAUUUAAGGGUAUGGGCACGUUUUCUGCAGGAUUUUAAUGGUAGGGUGUUUUUUAGGGAGCCAGUGGGGUCAUCUGAGGACGUGAUGUUGUUCAUGGACUCUUCGGGUAGCCGCUUUUUGGCGGCACAAUGGUGCGCGGAGGAGUGGCCGGUGGCCUGGAAAGCUAGCCCGCUGAUUAGGAACUUGGUGUUUUUAGAAUUCUUUCCGGUAGUGGUGGCGGUGGCAUUGUGUGGGUCGGAACUUCACUGAGCACGCAUCACCAUCGAUGGUAGAUAAGCAUCUCGCAGCACUGGCGUUCCUCUUCAAGUUCAACGGCUGGGUAGACGUUACAAAACAUUUCAUGGUGAGACAAGCAGUGCGGGGUUUUAGGAAAGGUAAGAAGGCUCGAGACUCGAGGAGACCAGUUUUGUUUAAGGUACUGCAAGGUUUGGUGGAGAAAUUACCAGGUAUACGUUUUUCCGUAUUCGAGGUGGCAUUGUUCACAACGGCGUUUGUGUGGGCCUUUUUUGGGGCGUUUCGAAUAGGGGAAUUGGUUAGCUCCAACAAAGCGGGCGUUGGGGGACUGAGAUUCAAAGACGUAGCGGUUAGUAUGAACAGGGUACGGAUACAGCUGGCCCGUUCAACGACGGAUGUCUUUGGGAAGGGUUGUACGGUUAAUCUGUUCGAAUUGCCAGGGUCUGGGUUGUGCCCAGUGGCUUGUGGGGCCAGGUUUUUGGAGCUACGACCGGAGGUCGAAGGAUGUUUCUUUAUUCAUUGUCAGGGGUAUUUUGGGGGACGGAGCAAAACAAAGUUAUUACUGUUGACAAUGACCCUAAAUUGUUAAUUUAAAUAUUUGAAUAAUUAAUAAAGCUGUGGACGUUAUACUCCAACAGAAUAAACGGUGUCCGUGUAUUAUUUAAGUGUAGUUUGCACAUGCCGAAUAACGUCUGUGCAUAUGUCAUGAAGCCCAACGCGGGGGGGAGUGGGCCUUGACAGGGCCAGAAAGUUGGCAGGUGAAUUGUAGGUCAAGGGGUGUGGUUUAAGUUAAUAAGUGGGAAGGAGUGCUAGCCUGUUAAAUAGCAGCCAUCUUAAGUUUAAGCCAUUUUAAUUUGAGCUGCCCUUACCUGUGAGUUGUCCCUCCCACCCUCCCUUUAUAUAUAUAAUUUGGUUGUGUUCCCGUUUGGUCACAGCGGCGGGGGAAAAGGGCUUGGUUGAACAGGAAUUUUGUGGGUUAGGAAAGUGUUAGGCCAAGGAGCACAGACACACAUACACUUACAGACACACACACUCACAGACAAACACACUCACACAUACACUUACAGACACACACACUCACAGACAAACACACUCACGCAUACACUUACAGACACACACACACAGAGAAACACAUACACACAGACAAACAUACACACACUCACGCAUACACUUACAGACACACACACAUAUACUUACAGACACACACACAUACACACUCACAAACACACUUACAGACACACAAAUUAUUAAUAUUAAGUGUCCACCCAGCCUCCCUACCUGGAGAGCUGGUAUGGAUCUGUCCCGCGGGCUGUCUACUGAUGCCAGGAGCCGGAAUAUGACAUCAUAUUCCUGCUCCUGCGGCAUCAGCAAACAUCGCGUGAGGGAGCAGAGUGAUUAGAGCUCCCUCGCCGCCUCGCAUUAGAACUCUGCCACGCUGGGGGGUCCUGAAGCUGGCCUUGCAGGAGGGAGCGCUUCCCUCCUACCGGUCACUGAAAUCUUGUGCCCCCAAGCCGCUCGCGCCCGCCCACCCUAAAAAGGAGAAAUCCUCUCAAAAAGAGGAUUUAGCCGCCGAAAUCCCUACCGCCCACCUGGAAUCCUGAAACGCUCACUAGUGGGCUGUAGGGACCAGGUUGACGAUCCAUGGUUUAUACUAAGAAAAAAACCUGCAUUUGUAUUGCCGGUAUUACUGCAAUACCUGCACAGCCAAGCAGCCUCAAAUACCGACUGUGCCAGUAAAAUACCAGUCAGGUGGCAAACUUAAGAGUAGUGUGUAAAAAAAAAAAGCUCCAUCAGCCCCUAUGUUAAUCCGGCCCUGUGUUAAUUAGUUCGGACAAUGUACGAGUUGUUUUUUUCUAAAGUUAAACCUCAGUAGUUGGCACUUUAAGGAAAAAAAAGUUGGCAUGUAUUGCAAUUUGGGCACUCGGGCUCAAAAAGGUUCACAAUCACUGACCUAGAGGGUUUACGGAGUCAUGAAUAUUUUUAUAUUUAUUGAUAGGAACAGAAAAAGAGAGUCAGAUCACAGAUUAAAAAUAUUGUAUAUUUAGUAUAAAUGUGUACAGUGAAUGAGCAUGCUAUUUAGUAAAGCUGGGGUUCCCUACCAUCUGGUUGGUAUUUUGCAUGGCAUGUAGCUGCUUGUGCCUUGCUAAGCAGAGAUCCUCUGUGCUAAUUUAAAGAUUUUAUUCCAAUUAUUUUGCCUUGAUGUUUAUUUUCAAGUCUGACUUACAAGCAUAGGCGUGCCCACGGGGUGUGCCGGGUGUGCUUAGGCACACCCUAAUCCCCGCGGCCUGCACUAUGUGCCUCCAUGAGCUGGUGAGGGAGAUCAAAGAUCUCACUGACCCACAGGCAGGAAGGGAGGCAGGAGAGGACCCAGGGAGCUCUUGCCAGCAGCUCCGCCGGGUUCCUCUCGCGAGGUCGGAGCAUUGCCGUGGCAAUGCUCAGAUCUCGCGAGAGUGAACUCUAGCCCCUAGUGGAGCUAGAGUUCACUCACCACUGGACCACCAGGGAUGGCAGGUAAGAAGGGAGAGGGGAAUAUUAACUAAACGGCCUCCCACCCCCACACAAUACACACAAACAGCACACACACACACACACACCCUUACACAUCACACACACACACAUACAUCACCCUUACACACACACAUACUAACAGCACCCUCACACUAACAGCACCCACACACACAAAGCACCCUUACACAGACACUAACAGCACCCUCACACACACACACACUAACAGCCACACAGACCACAUAAUCUCAACAAACAUAGAAUUUGAAUAGUUUUCAAUUAUUUAUUUUCCUGAUUUAUAAUAGCAUCCUAUUAGAAAUCCUUGUUUGAUUCUAUUACAAGUCCUACACUGAUUAGUCCAAUUUUCCGGGUUGAGCAGGUCCCUCAGCACCUUCUGUUCCUGUAUGUCCAAUUUGUCUUGUUACAAAUACUUGUUUGUUAAUAUAUCGCUGUGGAUUUUGUUGCCUCUUAAUAAAUGAUAAUUACUACGCCUACUUGACAGGUUCGCUGGCAUGCUAGAUGCAUGCAAGUUUAAAUGGGACAUGCUAGGAAGUAGAAUAGUAGCGUUUCUUAAAGAAACAAUGCCCAGAAGUAAGACAUACUGCACAGUAAAGCAAAGGGAUUCAUUAGCUAUUUAAACAUUGAUUUCAUAUAAUAAAAAAAAUUACAAAAACACAUUUACAGAAGCUCAUAUAAGUAUUGAAGCCAUCAUUUGUUGCAGUUUCUUUCUAGUCAAUUGCCUUGACUUUAUUCAUUGUUUAUUAUUUUGAUUGAUUUAGAACAAGGGUAGGCAACCUAUGGCACUAGUGCCAUGCACGGCACUCAAGGUGUCUUUGCACGGCAGUCAAGGCUGCUAGAGCCAAACAGGCUCUGGCCUAUGAGGAGUCCAAGUGAAACUAUAGAUAUCUGCUAAUACGAAAAAGUAGAGAAGGACAAUCCUCAAUUUAUGCAUUGCAGCACAUAGAGGAAGUGAUUUCAGAUCACUUAAUUCCAGCACUUGUGAAUGGGAAUCUACACUGGAGUAAAGCAGUCCUCGGUAGCUAUGCAACUCCUGCCCUUGAUCUGUACCUGGCCAGCCUGGUCCACACUGGAACCCAGGGAAGCCACCCACACUGCUAGAUAUACACAGAGCUGCAGAAUAACUCUCCCCUCAUACAAAUAAUACGAACAGCCCACACACAAACAUACAUACAAUCCGCACAAAUGUAACCCGCUAACAAUCCACAUACAUGCACACAACCCCACAUGCAGCCUCUGACAUGCAAUACCCCAAACAGCCCCACAAAUACACACACUUCCAAACACACAAUGUGACAUAUCCAUCCACACACAAUUCCACAAGCAGCCCCCAUACACAGCCCACAUUCAUAUGUGUCAUACAGAUAUCAUAAACUACUAAUGAACAUAUACAAUAUAAUAGCUCAUAUACGCAUAAAUAUAAAGAAACAAAGCAAUUACAGUAUAAAUAACACAAGCAGAAAACGGCAGCAUACAGACCUCAAUUUAAAAAAAAUAGGACGGGCACGCUAUAGGACAUCACAAUCCUAUAUCAGCACAGUGCUGCUAAAAGGUUGCCUACCCCUGAUUUAGAAUAUAAAAAAAGCCAAUCAGCUUACUGCUGUGACUUCAGUUGCCUCUUACUUUCUGUCCCUCAUUUUAUCUGGACUUUUUACUGUUCCAUAGCUUUUAAAUAUCCAAUUUCUUUUUCAUGUACUGUUUAUGUUUAAGCUUUAUUGCACAUUGAAAUCAUUUACGUUACUCAAUAAAAGGUGCAGUGGUCCUCUAGUUUUUCAGCAACUGCAAUGUUUAAAGUGCAGGCUUAAAUCCAAAUCAAGAGACUGGCUUCCUGACAGCCACUAUAGGUGCUUCUGCAGUACUGACCCGAGUAAAAUGUUGUCACGUCAUGCGGAAGCCUCUAUAGGAAAGCAAUGCUUCAUUGCUUUCCUAUGGGGAUGCUUGGAUGCGCAUCAGGUCAGCAACAAGUUCACAUUAUAUUAGUGGGAGUUCAGCAGGUCUCAAAACAACAUUGCUGCUCGCCUAGCUAAAAAAAACAUGCUAACUGGUGGCUUGUUGAAGAAAGAUCUUUUAGUCUACAUUGUCAUUUGAUGAACACAGCCAGCAAAAUUGGUUAUCGUCUGUGGGUUUUACAAGUUUAAUCAAAUUACUAACUCUGAAUAGAGACGCAGAUACAUUUGUAUGAAGUUAUACACGUUUCUUUGAGAUGGACAAAGACCUUAAACAAAACUGCUCUUAUGGGCAUGGUAAUCUUUGCUUUAAUUUAAAGCUAAUUUAGCUCUUUACUCAGUUACACAUUAUAUCCUCCUAUCAGCACUUAUAGAUAGGAGAUAUAAAAAGUUUUCCAAUUUCGUGAAAUAAUAAAAUGAGGAUGAGAAGCUAUUCUAAAUUCUUUUAUGUGUAAUGCGUAAGUCUAAAAUCCAAAUCACUUAACGGUAGCACUUGAAGAUACUGGAAUUAAAUCCCAUUUCUUUUAAUGAAUAAAAGCUCGAAACAAUGUUUCAUAGAACACAUCUCUCUCAGCGGAGCGUGAAAUUCUCGAAAGAAUCUCAUUGAUAUGGCAGUACGCUUGAACAUACAGUUAAAGAUCUGGACAGGCGCAGUCAGAUUUAUCAGCAUAUGCGCUAACCUUACCCUGAACCCAUUAAGACACGGACACAGGUUAUACUGUUGGGAAAAAAAAUUGGUCCACAGCUUUAUUAAUUAUUAAUUCAUUAAGGAAUAACAAAUAGGGUAAUUUUAUUAAAGCCAACAUCCCCCAUAUAUCUAACAUACCCCUGGAAAUGACCCCACAAUAAUAACAAUAAAUAACAAUCUAGUUAACAUAGUAACACAGAAACUGGCUGUCCAAUAUGACCACAUUUCCACCAGAUUAAAUUGUAAGGGUGUACCAAGAAACCGCUACACCCACAAGUUCAAUUGUAGGGGUGUACCAAGACACCGCUACACCCCCAGGUUCGGAGCCACUGACGGGCUCGUACCUACCAACCAAGUAUAACACCUAAUCCACAUUUAACCUCCGGAUGCACACUUCCUCCUCCAUCUACCCCCUGAUUUAACCUGGCCAUUCCCCGCUACAGCUUAGGACUUGACACCUAAAGCUCCUGAGUGCCACCACACCUAAACAAGGCCUAUUGAAGGCCCUUCUGAAGGCCCAAAAUAAAUAGGUCACACCCCACAUCCAAAAGACAUACACCAUCCCUCCUGAACUACCCAGGAAGCAUGCCUUCCAAUUCCCCGUGCCUCACUGCCACUCCACCCAUACACCUAAUAAAGACAGUCAUCAUUUUAUUGAUUUGCCCCCGACACAGAGCGACAGCGAGCGGGUCCUUGGCAUGUUGCCAGUGAAACCGAGGAACCAUCUCGGACCACACCACCACCACACCUGGAGCCAGUCAUAGACGGUCCACAUCCCUCUUCAUCCAUCUGACCAAUUCCUUUUUUGGGACCAUGCCCAGAUCAUUACCUCCAGCAUGGAUUAACAGUACAUCUGGAACGGUGCCCCUUGCCACCCUCUGGCAAAUUUCACCACUAAUGCCUUGCCAACCAAAAACCAAACCACUCCAUUGUCACCAACUCCAGAGGAAAGCCCAGCGGCACUCCUUGUUUCCAAACUGCGGCUCCCUUCUGUACCCAGUAGAUGUAAGAGUGGCCCAACAACCAGGCCACCCAACCUAAAAUGAAAACAGAAUCAGUGACAAGGCAUAACACCAAACACCAACCCACUAAUCCACGUCCAUUUAAUCAAGUGUUCGGCCGUGAGUAGUACUUAAACCAUACCAACUCCUACCUAUACGUUUCACCAGUUACUCACCUAGACCCAAGCGAGACGCCUCUGUCGCUGCCCCUAUCUGAAAGGAAUGGGUCCCAAACUGCAUGGGAUCCAAACCCACCUCUGUUAAGCCCAACCGAAAAAAAUUAAAGAAUUGGAACCGCGACAGAGUGGAUACAUCCCCAUGUACCAAAAAACAACUCAGGACGUCCGGGCGAAACUCCACGUAGUGCGAUGCACAUGAAACCAGGCAGACUCCUGACCCAGGCAGGGAAAAUAGUGUCACCAAACAACCUUUACCAAAUACAUCCGUCUCACCACCCUAUCGGCCCGUAAUUCGAUGUCUGAGUGUUGAACCCCCCAACACCCGCCAGAGAGGUACUCAACAGUUCACCAAUCCGAAGAUGUGGAUAAGCGGUUAACCGCAUGAACCACCACAACGGCCCGACCUGGCAGUGCCCACACACAAAAAGUUAUCAAGAUGCACUAAAAAAAACCACUUGAUUCCUCCUUCACCACACACUCUAAAAAGGAACUCAACUUUUUGAAGUAGGAACAUGAAAUGGAGCAAGCAAAGGUCCACAAAAUAAGCCCCGUCGAACAUGCAACCGCCUGGUCAAAUGAUGCGUAGGAGACAUAACACAAGGCCGCAUCAUUGUCAUCAUUCACCGAAGAACCUUUCGGAUAUGACAAAUGAUGGAUCAGACGGAACUUACCCAGUUCUUUCUUAGGCACCACGCCCAAAGGUGAAAUCCGUAAGUCUGCCAACGGAGGUUGUGAGAACGGCCUCGCCAUCCUACCCAGCUGAACCUCUUUAGCCAAUUUCUCUCUAAGCACUUCCGAUGCUCCGCGACUGACUUCAAGUCAUCACACAAACGACCCAAAACCUUUUGCAAACUUGUCCAACAAUAACUGUGCAUCAUCCUGGUUACUGUAACGGCUUACCAAGGUUGCCCCCAGUGGAAGUGGACGGCACCACCGCAUCCCCGGCUCCACCGGCACAUGCAGACUUUCCCUGCUUGAAGCACCUGUUGAGGCCGUGGGCCCCUCCCGCAGCCCGAACAUUCGUGCUUAAACUUACAUGAGGAACCCCAGUUGCAUUGUCUUUCAUUAAAUGUCCAACAGAACCCUUUCUUUUGACUGGCCGACAAAGAGGAGGUUGAUCCCACGCCGGCCCCACCCUGAAAGGGCACAGCUUUCUGAGCCAUCAUCAGUUUUAUCCAUAGGGGUAGGUCCAUCUCGUCCCACCGCAUCCCGGAAAUAGCCAACAACCUUUGGCGGAAUUGCUCAUCAUACUUCCACCAUGCUAAACCCCCAUAAGUACAAUAAGCCUCCCAUCCAAAUAGCAGAACUGAGAACACCACUCAGGAAAUUUCUCCCCCAAAACACUAGCUAAAAUGCAGAAUGCCCAAUGCCAAAUCCCAAAAGACAUGGGAAUCUUCCGAUACCACGGUCUCUUUUCCUCCUCCUCUUCCUUGGCAUCCUUCUUAUCUUCCUGCUUCAGAUCAAGAUAUUCAUCCAAAGGAAGGAGUGAGAAGAUCGAGGAAUUCACCCCGCCAAAUCUUUUCCUUGACUUACGAUUUUAGAUGACAACCCAAAGGCCUAGCAAAUGACAUGUGCACAUUCUGCCUGGCUACCUCAGGGAUCUCACCCAUCAACUCUGAGCGCUCGAUGGCAACCAACGACGUCCCCGGCCCGAAUGAAGUCACCGUAGUCCCGCCCUGAACACUGCCCGCCACAGCUGCUGGAACCGUCGUAGCCACCCCACUGCCGCCUGUCGGUGGACCCCACACCUGACUAAAAUGCUCCUCCUGUGUAUCCUUGACAGCCCAAGUGUUGAGAAAGGACCUCAAGCUAUCCAAGAGAUUCCCAGAAUGUAGUGCAGAAGAAGACUCACCACCAGAACCCCCUGCCGUAAAAGAUUGCGGGGCUGUUGCCUUUUCAUCCAACUCGAGAGGUUCAGGAGUAGCGUCAUAGCUUCUGCAUCGAGCUGCCUGAUCCUGCCUCAGAACCGUAUGAGAAGGAGUUGCUGACCUGCAGGAAGAAGACAACCUGGGUAGUCUGCUCAUAUGAGCCCCAACCCGUCCAUCCUUCCCACAUUCCUGACCACAUUCCCUGUUCUCACAACAUCUGGCUGCCUUCUGAUAACUCCUGCUAGGCGACCUGUAAGCCCUGCACCGGCUCUUCGCCCUCUCCUCUGAUUAAGUUGAUCACCCCCUGCUGUAAUGCCUGACAGAAGGGCUCCUCUCUCUGCUGCGCCAACCUGCUGCGGACCGUCUAUCCUCGCCGCACCUGGUUCUAUCCUUGGAACGAACCUGAGCAGUAGCCUGGCCUGGGACACCUGGUGACCCGCUAUCCUUCAUCCUAGAGUGUCGCUCCCUGCACUCUCGGACAGCAUGACUCCUCCAAUCUGGCCUAUCCAUCUGCCUGGCUCCAAGUAGCCGUGUGCACUCUCUCACGCCUAACCACACGUGGGCCGUGCUGCGCCCCCGCAGACCCCGUUUGGGCCGCAUCCCCACUAUCAGGGCUCCUACCUUGCCUUGUAGGCCUGCCUGACACCUCCUUGGCCGUAGUACUGCUAUGUCCCAUCCCUGCCUGGUUGACUGAACCAGCCGCCGCCCGCGCUGACUUAGUCCCAACUGGGAUAUUGGCCUCCACCGCAGCUGACCUGGCCCCUGCCAGGGCUGUACCAGACUCCUUCCUGCUGCCUGAACCCCCUACGGCCCGUUCCACUCCGUGCCCCUGGGCACCCACGUCCUGCCCCACACUCCCCAAGGAUACAAGGCCCUGGGAGAUGCAGACGUGCAGCCUCCCGUCACCGACCCGCUCCAGCAACACCGCCUGGCAUAGACCGCCUGCCAGGGGCCUCUGCAGCCGACACCUCAGGCCCAGCUCUUUUCCCGCCAACCGACACUUUCACCACGCAGCCUGCUCCGGACCCGUCUGCCACGGGAGCAGCUCCCGUAGAUGGGCUCUGUAAAGGAUCGCCUGGCACCCCAACUGGGUACCUCCGUUGAAGGAUGCUCCUAACGCUUCCUGAGGACUCCAAGCACUUCUCCAGACUGAACCUCUCUUCCUUCAGAGAGCAAAGCAGGAACAAGCUCUUAAAAGAGCUUAGUGAUUAUAGCCAAGGGAGUAUACAGUGUAUAGCAAUCCCCAGUGUAGAUGCAGCCUUUUCCCACACACAUGAGACGAGGCUCUAUGUUGAGGGUAAAACAGAAACUCAGCAGUCUGAGGGUUUAUUGGCACUUAUAUGCAACUUUUUCCACAAGGUUACCACCCACAUGGUAUUGUGGAACAACCAAUCAAAUACAUACAAUACAGUUAAACACUUCCAUUCAUUCCAACAAAAUCCUCCCCUCUGCCUGUGAUAGAAUUACUUUACACAAUGGGCUAAUGUAAUUAUCACAGGCAGGAAAAUACACGUUUUACACAAUAUUCAUAACUUCUAAACCAUACAUGCAAUUCACAUAAAAGUCACAUAUUCUGAACCAGCAUAAGCAGUAUACAAACAUAUGUCAAAAGUUAGAUGAUAGUCCUAUUUGACCGACUGCAAGCAUGGCCUUAAUGCCCAAAACAGUUCCACAGAUUUAGGCUCCUCUAUCCUGGAGAUAAAAGUAACUGUAGUAAACACAAUUAUCUCCUGGUACAGAAAAUAUCACUAAGUUCUACUGCAACAAAACACAUAAAAAUACAUAACUAACAUUCUAUAGAACUGAACCCCCACAUUUGAUCUGAGCGUUCAAUAUAGCCGAACAGCGCUCAGAUCCCACAAACACAGUCAAAUCGCCAUGGGGUUAAAAAAUAGCAAGGGCUCGUGAGAGAUUGAGGAGGGACAAAGCAGCCAGUUUCAACUGGUCUGGCAGUGUCCCUGCUGGAGAAUAAUGGGACAGGAAACGGGGGAGGGGAAGAGGCACACCUUCCCAUAGAUUCAAAGGGGCAGAAAAAGUGUCCCAAAAUCCAAUAAACCCAAACAGAGUUUUUAAAUGGCAAUACUUCCCAGGGGCCAUAGUCACAAGGCAAGAGGCUGGCAAGCAGGCCUCUCCAAGAACAAGUGGCUAAGGGCACUUCGUCACAGGCUCCUCCUCCUCCUUUGUGCCGGCACCAAACUGGGACUCAAACAUUGGGGAGGCCAUGUCCUCCGCGCGUGCCGUCGCUCCAGAACCACUGCCGGCCCACUAGAAGGUCAUGGGGAUGCCAUCUGCUCUUGCAGCCAAGCGAUGCCGCGCUUCCUCACCACCACACAAACACCUGCAAGGAAUUCUUCAACAGGAUCCAUCUGAAAAAGAAAGAAAAAAACUACGCAAACCUGAGAGACAACUAACAUGUAAGUUUAGGUUUAGUUAAGAUGGCCACUUCACAAAAUGGCUGGUAUAAAUACUCCAUCGUAGCUCUGCCCCCCCAGUUUGCUAGCUGUCACUCAACUUCCCUUGGCUGUUAUGCCUACCUCCUGGCUCUGUCAAGGCCCACUCCCCUAGCUGCACUGAUCCAUGGGCUGCAUUUUCUCCACACUGUUUUUUUUUAUCUGCAUUUCAUGCCUCUUCACAAAAAAAAAACAAUUUUAAAAUGCUUUUCAUGCCAUUUAUGGAGCUUUUGUUUUAAUGCAAAACUAUAAAACAGUAAUUAGAGACUUCAUGGAUGAUUUUAGGAGUAACUGGGGUUUUAGUCUCUAUAUCCUUGAGGGCAUGUGUAUUUAUCCCAUGUGAAUCUCUAAAAUGUGAUGUAAAUACACCUGUUACACAGUUGCACACUGAGGCAUAUAUCACGUCUAUGUUAGGAGUGAAUACAAUUAACCUCACAGACCUUAUUUCACAGUUCCAGAAACAAAAUGGAAAAUACAUUUCGAAAGGAUUCUUAUGGAAGAAUGAAGCCUCAGGGGACCACUCAAUAAAUGAAAACUAAAAGCUGAUUUUCAUCCAAUCCAUCUAACUAAUAAUGAAACAUAGAUUUGGGAAAGCCACGAUUAUUAAAUGGCAUUCUCUAGUGCUCUCCAUCUAAGGAUAAGAUUUACAUGUUACACAGUACAUAAAUGUUCCCUGCUGUCAGGCUGUGUAUAAAUAGUACUCCUGACAGGAGCAUUCAUAUACUAAAGGGUAGGCACACCAGGAAAUAAUCACAGCUCUCCAUUUGCGAUCCCUGCUAUGCACACAAAUGCUGUAUACUGCCAGCAGUGCAUUUCAUGUACAACCCCAAAACCUGAAGAAAUGUGUUAAGCAAAGACAGAGAGCUCUUGCUAUCCUAUCUCUGUGGUUAUGUGAAUUCUUUUAAAAUGCAAAAAAGGCUAUUUACAGGAAAUGGAACUGAGCAGAAUAGACAUACUGUUCCUUUUACGGUGAUGAGGAAUGCUUUUUCUCAUCAUGAUAAAGUUUAAACAUGGGUUCCAGAUAGAUAGACAGACAGACAGAUACUAAAUUUUAGUCUACUAUGAAAAUGUGCCUUUCACUUAGAACCUCCACUCAGAUAGACUUACCUAAGUAACUGAAUCAGAUUAACUAACCUGCAUCUAAGUAACAGGGUUGUUCACUAAAAUCAGAAUUGCAGGGAAUUCAAAAUGAUUUCAAAUUGAAGGUCAAAGUCUGCAGAAUUUUUCCAUUUCAGCUAUUUUGGCCUUAAAUUUUAAAUUCACUUUGAAUUCCCAGCAAUUGCCACUUUAGUGAAUGAUUCUCUAAAUCUACCUUCUGGUCUGUGUUUGGUGCCAAAGCGGAAGUUGAGCACAAAUGUACCCACUAUGAUAAAUGAUAUAUUACACCUUCAUUUACAGCAAUUGUGGCAUGUUUAUUACAUAUUAUCCACGCAUGCUUCUGGUAGUAAUAAUAAUGGACACUAGUUGAGUGGUGAACAUAAAUUUAAUAAUAUUUACAGUGUUAUUCACUAAAGCAAACAAGUGAAUAGAAUUUUAAAUAUAAUGCCAAGGUAUGUUUGACUCUACAUUAUCAAUGGAUGUUGACAAUGUGUUCUGUCUUGUAACUCACAUAAACUAAUGAGCAAAGUCUGACUAAUGCUAAAAUUGUUCAAGCCAGUAUCAAGGAAAUAAAUAGCUUGUGGACUUUCGUAUCGGCCUAUAAAGCAGUAUGUUGAGGUCAGACAAGUCUCAGAAGAGACCUAAUCAAUUAUUUUCUGCAUUGGCCCUGAAAUUCUAUAGCAAGAAGAAAAUCCACAUUAUCUCCUUUAGAUUGCAAACACAUGGACCUGCUCAAUAAACACUUUGUAUAAAUGCUAGAUGUUAGUGUACACAUCCUAGAUUAGCCAGGUGGGAUUAUCUGUUUCGUUUGUACUGGUGAGCUAAAAGUAUAUUGUACUUUCUGUAAGGUUCUUGUUCUGCGUGACCAUUAAUCAUUGAAAUGUGCCUUUUGUAAAGAAACUGAAUAAGAAAUGUAAAAUAUAUAGUAUAAAAUCUUCUAGCAUCACUUUUACGAAAACAAAAUGACCUAAAAGCCAUCAUGUGCUUUUGUGACAACCAAAACAUUAUUAGCUUGUGAAUAUUCUAAUGUGUUAUAAAAAGUUAACUAAAUUUAAAAAACUACCAUAAAAAAGACAGCACACUGAGACAAAUGGAUGGAUGAAAGUUUACCUAUAAUGAAGAUAUUAAUUUACCUAAAAUCGCUCCCAUAUACCGGUACAUUGAAUGCACCAUAUAUAUUACAAAGAUACAUAAUGUAUCAAAUGUAAAAUAUAGAGAUUUACUCACCACUCCAUGUAAUACCUACCUCCAGGCCAUCCUCCGUUCUGCCUCCAAUUCUUCUCUGAUUUGCCCUGCUUGGGGACACAUUCCCCAAACUGCUCAGUGACGUCGACAUGCUGGCUUCAUUGCAAGCGUGCCGGCGUCGGAAUAGAGUGAUGUCACGUCAUUCCAUUCCUAAACUCCCUAGCCAGCAUUAGAAGCACCGCCUAGAGAAUUUAAAUGCGCAUGCGCUGCGGUUGCUAUUUUUGGAAGAUCUUUUCUGCUCUCGCAUGUUAGUCAAUGCCUCGGCAUUCAGUGUCUGUUGAGGCAUUGACUGAGAACUGGGGAAAAAAAAGUAUUUUUAAACAGGUUUUCCUCCCAAACUAUACAUUUGCUAGCACAAUAUAUACACAGAAUCGUAUGUUCUUUCAAAAGCGCAUGAGUUAAAACAGGACUACAAGUAUUCUUUAAGGCCAAGUGAAUGCACACCAUGGUCUUUCUUGAAAGACAUUUUAAAACACAAACAUUGCAACUUCAUACCUUAUUAUAUUGUAUCUUUGUAAACAUCAGUUGCAAACCAAAAACCCAGCAUUGAACACACAGGGUGUAUAACCAGAAAGACAUUUUAAUAGCCCAUAUGCAACAAAUGCAAUUCACUCCUCCCCUCCCCCAUUUAUCUAGGGAAAAUGAUUUAGUAUUUAUUUUUUUAAUGUUAGAUAAAGACCACGACAAGGGGUUUAGGAAAGCUUCCAACAUUAAAGGAUCACUAUAGGGUCAGGAACACAAACAUGUAUUCCUGACCCUAUAGUGUUAAAAACACCAUCUAGCCCCCCUGGUCCCCUCAUGCCUCCAUAAAUAUAGCAACAUCUUACUGUAUUCAAGCCUGAAGCUGCAACUCUGCAUGCUGUUUGUCUCAGAAAAACAAGCAGUCUGCUGACAUCAUAAGAAGUGGUAGCCUGAUCCAAUCACAGUGCUUCUCCAUAGGAUUGGCUGAGACUGACAAGGAGGCAGAUCAGGGGCAGAGCCAGCACAAUUCAAACACAGCUCUGGCCAAUCAGCAUCUCCUCAUAGAGAUGAAUUGAAUCAAUGAAUCUCUAUGAGGAAAGUUCAGUGUCUGCAUGCAGACGGUGGAGAUACUGAAUGUUUGGAUGCAUUUUAGGCAGCCAUGACCCAGCAAUGAUCGCUAACAAAUUUCUGAAAAGACAGUGUUUACAGCAAAAAAAAAAAACUGAAUGUAAUGAUUCUACUCACCAGAACAAAUUCAAUAAGCUGUAGUUGUUCUGGUGACUAUAGUGUCUCUUUAAAUUUUGCUUUAUUUGAUGAUUUGGCGGCCUGUGAAAUUUACCGCAUAGGCUGUAGUAUUUCUGAACUAAAUGUCAAUGCAAAUUCAUUGGGAGGCAUGGAUUAACCAAUUGCUAAAUGCUGUUACUGCGCAUGUUGAGGUAUUUGGCCCACAGCAGAGACUCCGAGCCUUUAUUACUGCAACAGAAGAAAGAGAUGAAGGGGUGAACUAUUCACUUCUCUAUUUCUUCCAAACACAUACAGACAAAGGACUGAACAUUCCCUGUCUGUUAAUUUUGGAGAAUUUGCCAGCCUGGGGCACAUAUUAUCAAGAAAAAAAUAGGUGUUAUUCAGGGGUAAUGUGCUAAAGGAUUACUCCCAUCAAAAACAGUGUUUUUAUAAAACACUGUUUUUAGUUGGAAUAACUCUUGCUGGCAUGUACCCCCUCUUAAAAAAAUAAAUAGAAAUAAUUAACUUCCCAUGCCGAGGUCAAGUUUAAAUUCUUCCUCAGCGUUGAUAUCACUCCAUUCACACCAUUCAUCCUAAACCCGCUGAGGGAAGGACCUGGCCAGUAUUGACAGGAAGCCAAGCUGCCAUUGGGUGUCUAUUCAAAAUACAGAAAAAGUAUUCCAACAUAUCCUUUCAAAUGAUGUCCCUUUAUUUAAGUACCAAGAGUGAAUGCAGCAACAACGUUUCAACUUGACAAAGAUCUUUAUACUGGUGGAAACAUUGCUGCUGUGUUCACUCUCAGCACUUAAAUAAAGGGACACUGUUUGAAAAGAAGUGAUGGAAUAAUUUUUCUUUACUUUGAAUACAUGUACUGGCCUGGGUGGAGCCAGAUUUUGUGCACCCUGUGUGGUAGGGGCUGUUCCCUUCACUUUGGAGCCAUUGGUCGUCUGUCACCAGUAUGCUACGUGUGCUGAUGACAGGUGGCAAUUAUAUACAAAUUUUACAUUAGUCAGAUGGGAACUCUCAUCCUGGGCUUGCUAAUGAUAUUGCCAAUGGUGAAGUUACUCCUCAAGCAGCAAAGAACAUUACUUCGUAUCACCAUUCCAAAGCACUGAAGUGAUCAUGGUGCUUGAAGUAACCCUUUAAACAAAGUAUAAUCAUAGGAAAUCAAUAGAUUAUAUCUGAGCAUUUAGCACUUUCCACCCAAAAUAGCAACUGUAUUGUCUUGAUAAAUCUCUCCCCGUGUCCUAGUUUUUAGUAAUUAACCAUGCACUUCCAAGCGAUAUCAUGUUUGAUGUGUACAAAAUAUUUUGGAGGUCAGGAUGAUUGCAUAAUUUAAGAACACAAAAUAAACAUUCUAAUUAUUAAAAAAAAAAAAAGAGAUAAGAUGAAGAUAUUUGGAACCUGAUAUGUCUCUGGGUAUCAUCUAAUGUGUUUACUAAUUCUGUCUUCUUGAUUUAAUUUUACAGGAUCCAUUUACCCUCCAGCAAAACCUCCAGAUACAAUAUUCAAAAUUACAUUUUGGCUGGGAUAUUUCAACAGCUGCAUCAAUCCAGUGAUUUAUCCUUGCUCUAGCCCAGAAUUCAGGAAAGCUUUCCAAAAUGUUCUCCAUGCUCGUUGCUCACCCAGGAGGCAAGCAGCCAGCAAAUACUCAUCAGGCUUCAUCCUGAACAGUCCUGUGAACCGUGGUUCAGAAGAGCUGAAGAAUGUGGUCAGAAUCCCUGUGGGAUCUGGAGAAAAUUUUUACAAGAUCUCAAACUCAGGUGGAGUUUGUGAAUGGAAAUAUUUUACACCAUUGCCCAGUCCCUCGACUCCCUAUGGGGCACCAAGGGACUUCUCAAACUGCUCAACAGCCAGGAUGAACAGUAAGUCCUUUCUGCGGACCUGCUGCUGUAUCGGCACUGAGCAGAAACAGAUGUGUCAUGACGUACCUACUAUCAAAAUCCAUAGGAUAUCCAUCAGUGAAAAUGGGGAGGCAAUCUAGAUUAAAGACAUUAAAGACUAAAUUGUUCUAGAGGGAUUAUUUUGUAAACUUGAACUUCUGGGAGGGAUAAAAAUAACCAUUACUUGGUAUUUUUCAGGAUUGUGCCAACAAAGUGUUCGAAUCCAGCGUAAAUCACUUACAUUCCAUUGUCUUUUACUGAGCCAAACUCAACACAUUUUAUCCUGGUUUGAAAAAAAUAUGUCAUUGUGUAUCCUUGCCCCCUCCUCCACUCUAUGGACCAGAUACAAUUUGAACCACAUGAACUUUGCUGCUAUAUAUCCACCUGAAGUCUGCAUGAAAUACUCUGAUAUGCUUAAAAACCUCAAGGUGCUAUGUAAAGGCAAAACUAGAGAAGGGAAAUUGAAACCAUAUCAGUGAUUAUGCAUAUAAUCACAAUGUGUAUAUUUAGUACUGCAGAUCUUUAUAUGCAAUGUAGUGUGACUUUGGUUGCAAGAUUAUUUCCAAGUGACUCAGCCUCUUGCGGACAUCAGUAAUGCAAAUGUAGUCUUCAAAAAUUCACUUUGCAAGCUAAUUUCAUUGAGUCUGGCAUCAAUCCAUGAAUCUGAAAAUACAAUAGCCAUGUGUCUUGAUGUGCAUGUGACAAAAUUGCAUUAAAUCAAAUACACUUGACGUCAUACCUAAAUGUAAUACAGACAUUCUUAGAUUGUUGGAGAUCAAUGAGCAAAUUUCUAUGUAGUAAAUUGAAUAUGACACGCAGAAAUGAAUUAGGGAAAGUGGAUUUGACAGGAUCAGUGUGGCAUUGCACAAAAUCUGCAUUCCGUUUUCCUUUGUGAAUUAAAUUUCUGUAGAUAUCAGAUUUCCAUAAUAAUGUCGGUAAGGACAACCAUCUUGCUUGCGCAUCAAUAUUGAUUUUGUCAUGCCAUCUCUUGAAAUAUGAUUUGUAAAAAGGGAGACCAUUAAAGGGAUGUUCUAGGCACCAGGCCAAAAUCAGUGUUAUUUGUAGUUUUAAGUUUAUUAUGUUAGAUUGUUUUUGUUAAAUGUUUCAUGUUUCUUAAAAAAUAUCUGUUCACUCUGCUCAUCCCUAUUACCCUGAAAUGCGGCACAAUUUUCCAUAGUACAAUAUGGAUGCACAUCGGUGAUUGUGAUGGUUAAAUACAUUUACAUAGCAUGCUCUGGCUGUGCCGAGCCUGCCAGGAAGUCAAAAUAAAUGAUCAAAAUCAACGAGCAUUUAAAAAAAAGUGCAAUCUUGUAAGGAUAAUUGUCAGACAAUCUGUAGCUAACUUUUAGUUAGCUAUAGGGAUACGCAAAAACUCACAUGUAAUCAUUUCACUGUAUGAAUUACAGUCAGGUAGCUGCACUCAACUUCCAUCCAAUGAUUCUCAGCAUAGGAGUGACAAUGAGUGAGUUUAAGGUAUUAUAAAUAGACCCUUUAGAUACCUGCUUAAACAGAACUCUCAUCAAGUAAUGAUAUCACAAACAAAAUAAUUAUCUUGUUUCUUGAAUGGUGUGCUAAUUCUCAAGCAACCUUAGCUGGACGACUGCUUUUAGCAAAUGUAUUUAAUAGUAGCUCACUACACACAAGCAGUCUACAUCCUCACUAUUGGGUUUUUUAAAAAAUAUACCAGAAUUUUAAAUUGGUUUAUAUGUGGUUCUUAAAUGUGUGAGUUUAUCAGAGAAGAUUUCACAUAGCACCCUCCAACGAUCUGACUAUAUGUUAUAAAAGAAAACACACACAAGACAUAGCACCAGUUUAUAUUGUCUUUCAUGCUGCCAUGACUAUGUGUAUGUAUACUUUCAUAAAUUAAACUCCCUGUUGCGUAUCGCUUACAUAGCCCAAGGCAAGUGUUAGAAAAUGCCUACCUCAGACACAGGCUCAGAUAAAAAUGAUUUCCACAGUUCUCC